GAGUGUAUUUGAAGUAUGUCAACGUGCUCCUACAGAAAGAAACUGUUCGAUUUCCAGUGCGAUCAUUCCAUGCGAAAUCGAUUAUUUUUUAGAAAUUUCAUUAUUGUUGAAGAAAUGCCAACGAAGGGUCUGGAGACAGCAGAUGUCCUUGCGGCCCUUGAGUCGAAGCUCGCUUAUCUUCCUGGUGGACGUGAUCGCGAAGGACGACCUUUGAUAGUGGUCAACGUCCCAUCUGAACUUCAACCGACAACGAAGCCACGCUUGGAAUCGAUCAUCUUAUAUUUCUUGUCGAUUUUCAGCGAAGGGACGAAGAAAGGUGGUCUGGUAUUGAUCAUAGACGCACGCUAUCGAGCAUGGCGAGUUGCAAGAUCCUGCAUCAGGUUAUCGGUGAUGCUUCUAGGAAGUCGUGCAACUUCCGUGUUCGUUAUACGUCCAGACGGCUUCUGGGAUAAGCGUGUCGACAGUUGUACCAAGUCCUAUAAGGACAGCGAGCCAAUGUAUGUUACCGUCGAAAGACUUCACGGGUUUAUUGAAUUUUCUCAAUUACCAUACGAAUUGUGUGGCAAUAAAUUUUACGAUCAUACGGAAUGGAUUCGAAAACGUUUGGUACGAUUUAUUGUAUAUAAAGUCGAAGAAUACAUGAAAGAUGGCCUAGAAUUAUUAUCGAAAAUGUCAAAUUUGCAUGAACGAUUGAACAGCCUUGAUGGGAUUCGCAUGAGGCAAUCAGAUGAUGAUUUAGAAUCUUAUUGGGAAAUCGGGAUGGAACUUACGUCUGUUACUUCUCGUAUCCUUAACUCAGGUAGAAGUUUAGUUAAUAUUAUGAGUAGGGAUUCGUCAAGAGAUUCUUUGGACACGGUUAAACGAAUACAUGGACUUCUCGAUUCCGUUGAAUUAAAACAGGUCGACAUUGAAAAUUGUUGGACUCAAAUGGAAAGAAGUUUGGAUACUAUAAAGGUAAUAGACGAUCUCGAAAAAGGUGUUUCACAAGUAACAAAGUGGAUUUUGGGACCGGCUGAUGCCAUGUUGAACUCUUCCUAUCAAAUUGGUUUUGAUGUGAUAUCUUCGGACGAGCUUAGACGACAGCAUGAACAAUUAGAAUUAAAAUGUCGAGAGACGUACGGUCGUUAUGCUGGGUUGCUUCAUAAGAUUGCCCGCUUGCCGACAGGUCAUUUACCGGAGGAUUUGAAAUCUCAAAAGGAUUUCAUGGAUUUUGUUUGUCGAAGUUUUGCAUCUAGAUUGGAAAGACGAAGAAACGUUCUUAUUACCUGUCAGAGAUUUUUCAGGCUUGUAUCUGAGUACUUUGAUAAGACGAGCGAAGUUUUUGACAAGCUGGUGAUGACAAACACGUCUCAUGAUUUUUCUCAAGCUAGCUUGAAACUACUUAUGUUGGAAAAUAAUCAAUUGGCCUUGGAAGCGUUAGAACAGGAACUUGUGAAAGAGGGUGAGAAACUUUCGGACAUCUUAUCGAUGCCUGUCAAAGAUGCCUUGGGAAGAGACGUUCAUAUCGAUUAUGGUGAGGACAUCGUCAAUGUACGCGAUAUUUUGGAUGCUACGAUCGCUAGAAAGAAUAUCUUUAAUGAUAGCGUAGAGUUGCAGAAGUUAACCUUGAAACAAAUCUCCUUAAUACAUACUUACGAGAACGACGCCGAACAGGCUGUUAAGUGGCUGAACGAUUUGUUCAACGUUCUCUUUCACAAUCUUAUGGAGGUUGGAUGUAACACUAGUGAAAUACAAUCGCAAAAAGAAAAACAUCAGUCCUUUCAGGAAACUGCGAAGGGAACUUAUGAGUACGGUUGUCAAUUGGUAAACGGAGCACGAGUGUUGAGAUUGUCUUGUAGAUUACCAUUGGACAACAACGUUCACUUGUUUUCAAGAUUACGUCAAACAUGGAAACAGUUACGCUCAGCUGGUCAAGAGCAACUAACUAGACUACGAGUGUGUGCUGUUUUUCAUAGAAGCGUCGAGGAUCACUGUUCGAAGUUGCGGGAUUUGAUUGAAAUCGUUGGAUCUUUAAAACGGGCGAGAAAAAAUGAAGAUUUCGCUAGCGAGUGCCGUGCCAGAGCCGAGAUAAGGGACAUCUUAGGUGAUCGAGAAAAGCUACUGUUGGACGUUGGUCGCAUGGUGAGACUGGGACGUCUUUUAAGGACCAGAUUAAAGGAACCUGUAUGCCAUCAACGAAUGUCCGAAGCCGAGGAUGCUUCGGGCAAAGCCGGUAAUCUAACAGCGAUCGAGGCGAUCUCGGCGAAACUGGCAGAAGUGACCCGGUUAGCUGAGAAACUGGAUGCAAAAUUGUGCGAAGCUGGAGCGAGGACUCAACCGGUACCGAUCCCUACCUCGGCUUUAUCGAUUUCUUCUACCCUAACAUCGACAACGACGACUUUAGCGCGCACUAUGCCCCCCAUUGUUUUACUCAAAUCCGCAACGACAACGACAACUUCCUCGAUCACUGCACCGAUCAGUGAAAUAACUCCUACAUUCGUUUAUUCGAAUGAUUCUGCUUCAACGUCGAUCGGUGCUGCCGAUGUGUCCACUUUAACUUCUUCUUCUAAUUUUGGAUUCUUGCCUGGACCGAUCGUUUCGCAUGUUGAAGAUACUAAAACUUCGUCAGUAGUUUCAUCGAUUCCUUCUGGUAGCUUCCCAUCGAUGAUGGCUUCGAGCGAGGUCGUUUCAAACACCUCGUCAAUGAUCGAUGCUGCUGAAGAAAAACAAGAGAUCGAGGAUGUUGAAAAAUUACACGAAGAGAGCACGAACGAAGAUGUCAAUGUUGAUGGUUACGUGACAGCUACGGAAUGUUCGAUCACGCCUACGGCGAGAUCUCGAAGCGAAUCUUUCGUGACAUCUCCAGAAUGCGACGACGUUGUAGUUUCAUCAAUAAUACCAGCUACUUCUUCUAGCUCAACUUGGUGGAAGCCGGAAGAACCGACGAAAGAGCCGGAAAUAAUAAUUCCUGUGAAAGUUGAAAAGCCCAACGUGUCGAUGCAAAGUACCAAAGUCGAAGCAAAAAAUGAGUUGGUACCGAUAGGGAAAGUCGUUUCCAUUGAGAAGACCACGGAGGAGAGAUCUGGAAAGAUCGUAAAGGAGGUCACGGAAACGACUACUUUACAUGUCUCGCACGAUACUCAUUUAGGGGUGGCAUCUUAUAAAGUUACCUCAAAUACGUUGCAAGAUUACACGCAAAACGUGGAUGUUAAAGAGAUGCAAGAUUCGCAUCAUGUAGUAAUCGAAGAUCCAAAUAAAAGAUUGAAUGGUAUCGAUCGAGAAAUCGAUGCCAUUUUUAUGAAAGGUUUGUCUGACGAAUCUUUAUCCAAGGACGAAUCUUCGAAGAGAACACCGACUUGUACUAAAAUGAUCAAGGAGAUUACAACCGACGAAGAAAAAUCGCAUACGAUUAGUAAGGAAACGAAAAAUGUUUGUUCGAUCACGAAAACUUACACGAGACAUCACGAAGACAGUGGUAUCGAGAUGUCUCCAACAAAACGCGAUAAAGAUGAAAUCGAAGGGGAGGAGUUUUUGGAAAACGCAAGGAAGACGAGAUUAGCGAAAAUGGUGGAUGGACACAAUUCGAUGGAGAUGGACAAGAGUCCAGAAGGAUCUGGCGAGGAUUUGCACACUACUGCAGAGGAUAAAGAACAUUCGCAGCAGCAGAUUACCAACGGGAGUACACCUACGACGACCAUAAGUACGAUAGCUGUGCAAAGUGGAGAAACGCGUCUGGUGAUCGCGUUGCUUCAGAACGGAGAAUGGCUACGAUUAAAAGUUUUGGAGGUACAACCAGAAUUAACGAAACUUGGUUCGUCGGUGAAAGAAGCUACGGAAUUAUCGAACGCUCACAAUGAAGUUCUUUUGCGAUUGCAGAGCAAACAAAGUCCGGUGGAAGAAUUAUUGCGUCAAGCCGAUCAAUUGAUUUCGACACAAAGACCAAGGGCGGAAGUUUAUGCUGCUAUGGCCGAAACGUUGGGCCAGGCAUGGCGUGAUGUGAAUGAUUUGUUGGAACGACGAAAACAGAUUCUUGAUUCCAACGUACUCUUUCAAUGCCGUGCUGAAGAAUGUGGAGAAAGCAUGAAGGCUCUCGAGAUGGCAUGUAACGAUACUCUAUUACCGAUCGAGAUCGAAGCGGUGAAAAACUUCCUAUCGAAGAUACACGAUCUUCGAAAGACCAUGCUCGAAGCAUUGAUGGGUGCGUUGCAAGAAGGGAAAACAUUGUUAGAUAAAUUGAAGGAAAUUGCGAACGAGGGUACUUUGGAUUCCAGACCCGAUAAAAUUAAGAUUGAAGCUGAUCAUGCCGUGCUGAAGGUUGAAAGAUGGCUGGAGGAUCUUCAUGACAAGAGACGACUGAUUGAAGCUUCUUUUCGUAGUAGAAAAAAUCAAUUGGAGCAGUGUCUUGCGCUUGCUUUAUUGGCAACCGAUCUUCGGGAUCUCGAAGAGAUUCUUAACGAUAGAAUUGCUGCUUUGUCAAGCACAUGCGAUCAACUCGGUGAUUCCUCAUCUAGCGCAGAAUUGCUUCUUUUCGAACUGAAGAAAUUGCAGGCCGAGGCGAAAGAGUUUCAAGAUCGAUCGAUCAAGAUUACGAAAUCGACCGAACGAUUGGUGUCAUCGGGACACUUCGCUGGCGAGCAGGCGACCGAACAGGCUUAUGCUAUACUCGGCGCAGCAGCCGAUUAUGUCAACGAUUUGGAUCAGUACGAGACACUGUUGAACAGAGCUGUAGCUUUUUUCGAGGCCGCACGAUCGGCUAUCACGAAAUUGGAUCAAUUGGAGAUUCAACUGGUGACGACGGAACAUCCACCAUUUUCAGCACGUUUAGCACGCUUUCAUGCUCAGACGGUUAGCACGAUCGAGGACGUUACCUCAAAACCUUUGAUGGAAGGAUACGCCUUGCUAGAUAUCACGGGAAGAGGAGCGCCCGGAGCUGAGGGUGUGAAACGUACCGUCGAGGAACUAGAAAGUCGAAAGAUACGUUUGUUAGAACGAUGCACUGCUCACGAGGAAGAGAAUCUCGAAAUAUCCAGAAUGAUAAAUGUUUUCUUGGAGAAACACGAGGAAUUGCACAUUUGGUUGACCAACAUUGCCGAAGCAUUUCUUCAAGGUCAUCAGGAUAUGGGUAGCGACUUGCCAAUGGCUAAGGAUUUUUAUAGGCUUCAUAGUCAGCUUUUGGACGAUUUGGAGAAACGAACGAACGAGGUGGAACAUUUGGAAUUUGAGAUACUUCCGAUACGUGAACGAUUGGAUGACGCGCAAAGGCGAGAGUUUCAAACGAAAAUAAUCGAGCUGCAGAAUUCUUGGGCGAAAACGAAGAAUAUAGUUGCUCGUAGAAUAGAUCUUGGUUUUCUCUACGUACAGUUUCAUGAGAUUGUUGAUGAACUGAGGAACAGAAUAGAAUCGUUGGAGAAUGAUUUGACGAGCAACGCUGAUGUUUUAAACGAAACGAAAAUCGAGGAUUUGAAGUCUAAAUGGAAAGCUCUUCAGCCGGUUUAUCUGAGACUUUCUAAUAGUGGUAAAGUUUUUCUAGACGAAGCUGCUAAGAUUAAUGAUCCGUAUCUGGAUAUACCAAGAGCAUGCUUAUGCGUGGAGACGUUGUUGGAGAAAUUUGCAAACAGACAAUUGACUAUUACCGAAUCUUGGGAAAAAUGGCAAACGACUAUUAAAAUAUUGAGGGAACGACGAAUCGAGCAUGAACGAAAAAUCGAAGAAAGUACUAGGACGUUAGAGUGGGUUUCCAAGUUCGGCGAACAGUUGUAUCCGGUUAUAACUUGUCAAUCGACACGAGUUGAUUCAAUACUUCGUGAUUUAGAAGGAUCGAGACGACGCAUAUUACCCGAACUAAACAAAGCUGUCGACGAAUUAGAUGCAAGAAUUAAAAGUAUCGAUAAUCUGGUUGAAAAAGGUGAGAUGCAGAUCGAUCAAGAAAUGUCGGAAAAAUUAUUGCAAAUGUCUGAGAAAUUGCAUUCCACGGCUAAAAAUUACAAAGAUCUAUUGAUGUCUCUGAUUUCAAUAUUUGAAUGCCUUCACGAGGUGGAACAUAAGACGGAUGAGGCUAAAAUGAAAGUCGAUCAUAUAACGUCCUUCUCUAAAUCGUACGACGUUGAUGCAGCUUUGAACGAUCUUGAAAUGAUGAAACGAACGAUUACAGAGUCCCUGAAGCAUAUUCAAACGGAGAUUGAAGCAGUCAUUAUUAGGAUAAAACAAUUGGAACCACCGGAUGCUGCUUUACAGGAUAUAGAGAAAUUGAGGCAGGCUGUAGAUAAUGUUACCUCUCCGUUCCAAACAUUCACAGUUGAAACAUUAACGCGCAUCGAAGAACAUCGUCGGAUUUGUAUCUUUGGCGAGGAUCUCUCGCGUAUCGACUCGGAUUUACGUGAUUUGAACGACCAAUUACAAGCUGUCGAUGCAAGAAUUCAUGAGAAUCUACAAGCUGCCAAAGUAGCGGCUGCUGCUUUCAGUCAAUUCGAGGCAACUAUGACGAUUUUGGAAGAAAGAAUAGACGUCUUUGUCAGAACGACAGAAGAUAAUAUAGUGACCUUGGCACCACAUGUGAGAAAUGAUUUGACAUCCUUGAAAGAAAAAUGGAGAGAUUUGAAGUCCCGCAUGGAGAACUCCAAAAAGCGAAUGGUCUUGUGUAUUCAAUAUUUCGAACUUUUAGAAGAGGCCAAAGAAUGGUAUAGAGAGGGUGGCAAACUUUUGAUAGUUAUCGCUAGGAAAGCCACUAGUGUGAAAGUUCCAAAAGAUGCUACUGAUUUGCUACAAGAAAUCGAUAAUUACUUGAAACCAGGUGAACAGAAUCAGGACAACAGAAUUGAAAGAUUAAAGGAAUUGUCUACGAUUAUUUUUGGUACCGAUAGAUUGCCCCAGUUCAACGAAGUUAUAGUUGAGAAUCGGCAGAUGUUAGAUUCAUUCGCCGUUAUUUCAUCGGAAUUGCGCACCUUAGUGCAGAAUUUACAAAAUGCCGAAGACUUGAGGGAAAAGCUAAGAAUGGAAAAGUUGGAAGCUGAUGAGAAAUUACAUGCCGUUAAAAGAGAAAUGGCAGCCGCCGAGGCAGCCAGAAAGGAGGCUGAAAAUGCGAGAAAGGUGGCAGAGAAACUUGCCGCAGAAACAUUGGAACGUGCCGAGAUAGAAGCGAAGAGAUUGAAAGAGGAAAAGCUUGCUAAACUCGAAGCUCAGAAGAUCACAACACAGCCGCCGUCAUUUUCUGUAUCUGCUCAGACGGAUAAAUUUGAGAGUACCGAUGAAAAAUAUAUUCACGAGACUCAUACAUCGGCCGUAACGAAAAAGGAGAUUCAUAUUUUACAAAAGAUGGAGGUAGAGAAGAUCGUACCCAUCGUGCACAAAGAGCCAAGCCCACCAAAGCAAAUAAUAACCAAAGAAUCUCAUAAAUCAACCGUACAUGAAGUGGAACAAAAGGUAUUUCCUGAAUUCACUAUUCCUUUGAACGACGCAACUGUUCAAGAGGGUGAAAAGUUUACUUUCGAAUGCCGCUUGAUCGGAUAUCCCAUACCAGAAGUGGUCUGGUACAAGGAUGGAAUAUCCAUUUUAAAUAAUCCUGAUUAUCUCACCACUUUCCAUCAAGGAAUUUGUAGUCUUACAAUCGAAGAAACAUUUGCAGAAGAUUCAGCAAGAUUCACUUGCAAGGCAUUUAAUAAUCUUGGAUCUGCUGAAACAUCAGCAAUGCUUACGGUCAAAGAAACAGCACCAGAAGAGCAACCCAGUCCUCCUGUCUUUGUCAAAGAAUUACAACCAUCGGUGGCAAUCGAAGGUUCUUCUUAUCGAUUAGAUUGUACAGUAGAAGGAAAUCCAUUACCAACAGUUCAGUGGUACAAAAACGAAACCAAUAUCGAUAAUUCUCCUGACUACAUUAUAACUUAUAACAACGGUGAAGCUUGUCUAAGUUUUGAAGAAAUUUUCUUAGAUGAUAGAGCUAUCUAUAUCUGCAAAGCCACCAAUCGACUUGGACAAGUGUCUACUUCUGCUAUGCUCGAUGUAGAAUCAAUGGAAACAUCUACGGAAAAACCUCAUUUCUUGACACCAUUAUCCAACGCGAUGGCGAGAGCAGGGCAGAGAGUAAAACUAGAAUGUGAAGCUACCGGUAAUCCAAUGCCACGGUUAUCUUGGACACACGAUGGAAAACCGAUAGAUGAGACCACUCACACGAAAAUUCAAACAGAGGGUGGUCGAACAAGUUUGAUAAUUUCGGAAGCUUUUCCGAAAGAUGCUGGAUGUUAUACGGUGAUAGCUAAAAGUGAUGUAGGCGAAGCGAGUGUAUCGUGCAAUGUAUCGGUGAAAGGACGUCUUCCUCGUGAAACCAGCGAUUCCGAGUUCGCCUGCAGUGACAUGGAACCUACAGAACCAAAGAUUCAACUUCGUCUGAAGGAUCAUGAAGUUCUCGAAGGGCACACGGUCAGGUUGGAUUGUGUUAUAGUUGGGCAACCUGAGCCUGAGGUAAUCUGGUAUCACAAUGAUAAGCCCGUAAAGGAAUCGGCAGAUUUUCAAUUACUAUUUCAAGGCGACAAGUGCUCUUUGAUUAUUCAUGAAGCUUUUGUGGAUGAUGCUGGAGUGUACAGAGUAGUCGCCAUUAACUGUGGCGGUGAAACGUCUAGUCAGUGUACAUUAAAAGUUAUACCAAUUUCUCAUCAUUCGGAAGACGUGGACUCAAAAGACAAACAAACUUCCGAAUCAGCAAUACAUAAUUCACCACCAAAGUUUGUGAAAUUGCCAACUGAUUCUUUGGUAGCUGAAGGUGAGGAUGUGAGUUUCGAAUGCGCAGUAACUGGUGAACCGAAACCAGAAGUCAAAUGGUACUUUGACAACAAUGAAAUCGUAGCAGACAAUAGAAUCUUGAUAAAGCAAAAGGAAGAUGGUACGAUUACGAUGAAAAUUUUAUCAGCCAUCCCAGAAGAUAAAGGUAAUUAUGUAGUCAAGGCUACGAAUAUUUGCGGAGAGGCUAAGGCUUUUGCUAGAUUGGUUGUGCGAUCGUUGAGCGACUUCAGGAAGAAAGAAGAAUUUAUCAAAAUGGAAGAGAAAUUGAUAGCACCGAAUUUCAAAGAACGAUUUGCGAGCAGACUCGUACCAGAAGGAGUAUCUACGAAAUUCGAAUGUAUUGUUAUUGGAAAACCUGUUCCUAAGAUUCAGUGGUUGUUCAACGAUCGACCGGUCCAUGGAAAAGAUUUCUUGGUCUCCGUUAGUGGCGAUCGGCAGGUGCUGACGAUACCAGAAACCGGAAGUUCGCAUGCUGGAACAAUAUCUUGCGUGGCGGAGAACACCGCCGGUAAAGCGACUUGCAACGCCAAAUUAGAAAUCGAUAUCGAGCCGAAGAAGGAGGAAGGUAUAGAAAGGGUACUUGAAUUGGUUGAAGUAAAACCUGUCGAAGACAUGCACGCGGCAAGUAGUAGCGACAAACAUUUCUCGGCUGAAAAGAUGUCGGACGAAGGAGGAUUAGGCAGUCAAAUUCUAACUAAAAUGUCACAAACCAUCACGGAAUCCACAACAACUCAUACAUCCACGAAGAAGGAGUUUAUAUCAUCGACGAUGUCCUCAUCAACGGCAACACCUGGACAAGAACCUACUAGUGUUACCGUGAAGAGUACUAUUCACAGUACUGAACAAUCAACCUCUGAAAAUGGUGCUCCUCCUGUUGUUCAGUCACAGAAAAUCGAGGAGUUUGAAAAGAUUGUCCAAGAUCAGCCAGGUGAAAUUCGUCAAGAGAAAACCGUUGUGGUGUCUCAAGGCGAGGAAGGUAUAAAACGUGAUGGAAAGACUAUGCAAGUUCAAAAGCCAAGUAGGAAAUCAACAGCACCGAGAUUCGUUUCGCCGUUAACAGGAAUGAUCGUGGAUCAAGGCGCUGAUGUUAUCCUUGAAGGAAUCGUUGAUGGCUAUCCGCAACCGAAUAUUUCUUGGUCAAAGAAUGGACAAGAAUUACAGCCUAAGGACGGUGCCAAGACGAGUUAUGCUCACAAUCACGUACGCUUAGAGUUGAAGAAUGUCAACGUAAAAAAUGCUGGACGUUACACUUGCACUGCCAGUAAUGAGUGUGGAUCAGCGAGCAGUACUGCUGAUCUUGUGGUCAAAAAAACAAUCUUCCCACCUGUAUUCGGUAGACGUUUACAAGCACAAGUUGUGAAACGUGGCGAUCGUGUUCUUAUGGAAGUUGAAAUCACUGGUACUCCAGAGCCUACAGUUACUUGGUAUAAAGAUGACGUGCCUAUCAAAGAACAACCACCUGCAUUGAGAAUAAGACAACAGGGCAAUUGUUACAUACUGCAGAUCGAUAAAGCUGAGAAAGCAUAUGCCGGAAAAUAUAUGGUACGUGCGAUUAAUGCUGGCGGUGAAGCUCAAAGCAUAGCAGAUUUUGCUGUGUUCGAACCUACACCCGAUACUAUGAUGGAAGUUCACAAGACGGUUAUUUAUGAGAAUGUUCAAGAUAAAAAGAUUAUCCAACCUGACGGAAAAAAGUUCGAUGUACCGUCAGCAACUCUGAAGACAGAGCAAGCAGCAGCGACAACGAUCCAGCCAAGUUCUAUUUUAAAAACUAUUCCAACUCCAAGUCCAACUCCAGCAUCUACCUUAUCCACAAUCCGUACAACCCAAGUAAUCGAAGAGCCAGAGAUGAAAACUUGUCGAUCGGAAACGAUAUCGUCAACGUUUGAAACUCAUCAAACCGAGACUAAAUCAGAGCAAAAGUUCCACAUGAAGUUAGAACACAAAACUCCGCCGAUAAUCGAACCGAGAGCUCGUCCCGAGCUAACGACCACGGUGAAGCAAGUUACUCAAGAAGAAAUCAGUUCUAAAUUUACCGAGCCAAAAUCUGCGACCGUGGAAGAAGCAACGAAAAUCGAAAACGAGAAUAUAGAGACUUCGACUAUCGCGAGAAAAGAUGCAUUAAGUUUCUUUGAGUCUAUUACGAAGGAAAGUGAGACUGUACCGAAGGGACCUAAAGAAAUGAUCAAGUUGAUUGACGAUGCUGAUGGAAAGGGACACGAAGUCAAGGUUGGAAAGCUAACGCAAAGUUACGAACGAUCUACCGCUUUUCAGGAGAUAAAAAAACCUGAGCCGAAACCGACGGACUUUCAAACGACUAAGAAAACUGUCCAGGAUAUUUUUACCAAGUUAGAACACGGAUCCUCGUCGCGCGGAGUGGAUAAUAAAUUAUUUGAUUUUCCAUACGAGGAAUACAAAUCACCAUCGUUAGACACGAGAAAGACGCUUUUAGAAGAUAUCACUGUAUCGGGUCCACCGGUCGAAACGAUUUCAAGAUUACAAACUCAAUCUGAAAGAACUGAAACAAUGACGGAAGGAUUCAAUCUGGUACCGGAACCACCACCCGAAAUAGGAUACAUGCCUAAGCCCGAAGAGAUUAAAAAAAAGAGCCCUGAGGUACCACUCAAGGCCAAGCAACUUCAAGAAUCUUUUGAAAAAACUUUAUCCCCUAUCGAUGCCCCGGUUGGUGGUGUGAAAAUAUUUCCUAUAAGUCCUCAAAAGGUUCUGGAGAGUCCCAAGAUUACGAAGAAAUCCUCUAUAAUUCCACCUCCACCCUUUGAGCUUGAGAAAAAGGAAGUCAUUGAAGAAAUAUGCAUUAAGAAGGAUGUUCAUGAGAAAAAGGAUACUAAGAUAUUAAAGGAAGAAAAAGUCGAACCACCAAAGUUCGUUCCAGCACCGAGUGCCAGACCACCGUCACCUCCUAGACCCUGGUCAUCCUCUUCGGAUAUAGAAACGAGAUCACACGUAUCCACGGAUAUUUCGGAAUAUAGAUGUCAUUCUGCCGCAUCCAGUCACCAAGAGAUAUUACGAUCAACCUCACCGCGACCUUCUGCCGAUGGUUUAGCGAUGGAAAAGUCAUGGGCAAAAAAAUGUACAGAUGCUACACGAAAAUCUUGGCCACCACCAUGUGAUUCUACUACGACGAUGCCUAAACAAUUGCCUGGAGAAGAUUAUAAGAGCUCGACAAAAGAAUUUAGACAGGAAACCGAACACACAUCAGACGGGGGUAUUAAAAAAACGAGUAUGGAGUCUUCGAGCACCUUAGAGAAACGUUCUUGGAGUUCGAAACAGGAAUCAAUGGAGAAAGUUAUAGAAAGAGCACCUUCGCCGCCCAAGGUAAAACCAAUUAUUUAUAAGGCUGAAACUAUUAAAGUCGAUCAUGCCAUUAAUACUAUUCAAGAAAAAUCGAUGCAUGAAAAGUAUACAUCGGAAUACGACAUACAGAAACAGGCAAGUUCCGAAAAAACUAUCGAAGAGUUUUCAGUAAAAAGUCCCUGGUCAGUGGAAACGGAUUUAAAAGCACCUGGCUUAGUAAAAAGUGUCGAACCACCGAAGAAAAUAUUUGUCCCACCGCAGGAACCUUUGAUGACAACCGAAUCUUAUUCGUAUGAUUCGGUUAUUUUGGAACCUGGUCCACCACCGGAAAUUGGCUAUGUGCCACCGCCGAUGGUAAAAGAGAAAAAAAUAGAGAAGAUCGAGAGAACGCUAGAGAUGUCAUUAGAGACCAAACCGGCUAAGAUUCCACCGGGUGCUAUUAGAACUAUACCACCACCAGUUUCGCAAAAAAAGGAAGAACCACCUCCGGUUCUACCACCCAAAGAUGUUCGAAUCACUCCACCACCUAUUCCUGCGAAACAAUCUCUCUUGGAUAAUUUAGAACCUUUUCCGUUCAAACCAUCUUCGUCUCCAACGAUAACUAAACCAGCCACGAAACUUUUACCACCUCUAACGCCAACUAAAUUUGUUAAGGGAACUUUCGGAAGUGAUUACGAAUCGGACAUAGACAUUCAUGUGAAGCCAAAAUGGCGACCUUAUGAAAGCGACAGCGAGGAGCCACGUUAUCGCAGAGUACAAGCACCGAUAACCAAGCAAACCAUUAGACCAAGAUCAACGGAACCAGAACCAUUACCUCCUUCCAAAUUUGAUAUUCCUCCAGUCGAAUUUUCAGGUCCGUCCAAAUCUAUAUUAACCGAAGAAACUCAACAGAAAAUGUAUAAGAAAACAACUUUCAAACGACACGAAAAGGAAACAAAAGAACAGCCAAAAUAUCAGCCUAGUCAAACUCAAACUCCUCCUAUCGUUCUAAAGCCAGGUUCUCCACCAAUUUACGUUCAACCAACCAGCAAACCUCAAGCACCUAAGUCUCCACCAACGAAAAAACCAGAGUCUCCAAAGUUCAAGGUGAAGACUUUCCAACAAGAGAGUGGUUAUAUGGCAGAUACGGACGAGCCGUUACAACAAAAAGCUUCCAAUAUUACCAUUCAGAAAAGCUUUGGGAAGCACGAUGGUUCCACCAGUUCGGCAAGCUCGCACAUAGAAUCUCGCACGUCCUAUUCCGAAAGCAAAUCUGAAUACUUUGAAAGUAAAAGUUAUCACAGUCACCAACAACAGAAGAAAGACGUGUCAUCUUUCGUUCCAACUACACCUUCACCUCCCAGUUCCUUACCAAGUCAAAAACCUGCCGUCCAACAGCGAACGUCGUUUAUUGAGAAGACAUAUUCUUCAUCGAGUGGAAUCGAGCCCACUAAGUUAAAAACUGCGAAGGAGACAGUUUAUACCACGGAUCUUUCUUCGCCUCGAAAAAUGGAUACAAUGCGGAAGGUUCAGGCACCCUCUCCAAGCCCUUCCAAAUUUGUCAAGGGCGAAUUUCGUGAGAGUGAUUACGAAAGCGAUUACGAUGGUAGAAUCUCGUCUGUCUGGAAACCCCGCGGUACUGAGAUCGAUGAUCGUUCUUUCAAACCAGUGAAACCUACUCUAACUGGUUCAGGAAAACCUAAGGAACCAAUCGUGGCAACACCAUCAGAAAAAAGAAUCGAAGAAACGCCAUCGAGCUUCGGUCAAAGAACAUCGAUGAAAGAGAUCGAGCAAGAGAGUCGGGUAGAAGAUAGAUCGGUCGUUACACCGACUAAAAUAAAGCAAGUUUUAUUACCUGGUUCUCCACCUGAAAUCGCUUACGCUCCACUUCAUGGUCAAGAAACGUAUUACGAAGCACGAGCGGGAAUGCCCUAUCAUAACGCAAUUGGUACGGAAACUAGGAAAACGGUUCGAAUGGAUGAAUCGACGGAAAAUAGUAGAAGAAUCGUCACGGUUGAACAAACUAGUCGGGUCAUCAAGUUUGGUGAUGCACAGAAAACAACAAGCGACUUUGGUCCCUUAGAUUCAAUGAAGACGCAAAAACAAGAGAAAUCCUAUUAUCGUGUACCGACUCCUAAAAAGUUUGUACAGGGCCAAUUUAGGGAGUCCGAUUACGAAAGUGACGUUGAUUCUAGUAGAAUUAGACCAAAGUGGGCACCUGCAGAUAGCGACUCGGAGGAUCCAAGAUACAGAAGAGUUCAACCUCCUUCUGGGAAAAGUAUUAGAUCGAGCAGUCUUCCGGUUAGACAAGAACAUGUGGUUUCACCGUUGGAAUUUGAUACUGGUCCACCGCCGAUGAAAAGACAAACAUCGAUGACUCAGCUUCGUGAUGAGAUCAAAACCAGCAAACUCGAGUCACAGAAAUUUCAACAGCCGCCAUUUUCGAGGCAAGACGAGCAAGUUUUGCAGCCUGGCUCACCCCCGGAAUUUGGUUUCGUAUCCAGGAACGAGGUCAAAAAGGCUGCCAAUCACGUGGCGUCACGUCACAUGAGUGAUAUGACGAGUACCUUCAAAUCCAAGACCGAAAAAUUCGUAAGCGACAUUCAAUCGGAUCUGAAGCAAGGUAAACCAAUCCUAAAACAUCCUGCUGAGAGUCGUGUUAGCGACGGUGACGAGCCGCGGACGUAUAGAGAAGAAUCUCGAGUUGCUGAACACGGAAUGAAGCAAAUCGAUCCGGAUACUGGACUAAUAUACUUCAAGUAUGACUUCGGCUAUGAAUUUGGAAUCGUUUUACCUGGCGAGGGUAAAAAGACUAUCACUAGUACCAAUAAAACGAUCCAGGGUCAAAGACGGGCUAGUGACAUCGAGGUGCCUAUCGUUCAUGAAUUUACUACCAAGAAAGAAAAUGGUUAUGCGAAAAAAGGGACGACUACGUCCUCAUCGUCGACUCGUUCGACUAAAUCUGCUACCACUAAGUUUGGCCCUUCGAAAACAGUAAAAUGGGAACCAACGUCCGAGAGUGAAUUUUCUGAAGCCGAGGAUACGAAGAACGCUAGAAGAAGAUAUCCUGGCGUUGGUGGAGAUACCAUGCCACCACCACCGAAUCUCGUUAUACCUUGUUCACCGUCACCGUCCAGAUGGGAUCACACUACGCCCAGUCCGCUUUCCCUCAGUCCAAGCUUGCCGAGUCUCUCUCCCCGAUACAGUAGCGCUACUGGACCACCCAGCAACGUGGAUUCUGCAGGUUCGCCAUGGCCAACGAGUAACGGAGUCGCAUCUACUAAAGAAGUAAUCCAGCCUUAUCUUGAAAUAUUACCAAAGAAAGCUCCUCUCUUUAUCACGCCUUUGAGAGACAUUGCUGUUGUGAGUGGACAAACCGCGAGAUUCGAGUGCAUUGUUCAGGCAGAACCACAACCAAAUAUCUUGUGGUCGAAGGAUGGUAGAAUUAUUGAAAAUUCCUCCAACUAUGAAAUACAUUACAGAAAUGGUGUUUGUCGUCUAACUAUCGCUCAUGCUUUUCCUGACGAUGCCGGAACUUACGCUUGUACUGCCACAAAUGGUUUAGGAUCCACUGUAACUUCCGCUACCUUGCAGGUUCCAGGUGUAUCCCCGCAAUUUGACGCGAGCAAUCGAGAACGAUCCAUUAAUGAGGAAUUAUUGGAAUGUUCACCGAGGUACGUAGCACUGAAGGAUCUCUUUCUACCUCAAGAAGAAAUCAAGCUCACCAUAACGAAUCAUCGGCACGCAUCGAUUUACGAAUUUGCACUGGCAUCUAAUUACAGCUGCGAGAACAGGAGUUAUCUUGAAAAUUGUACCGGUGAAUACGAUUACGACGAGAGGACAGGAGAACCGUACGCUAAGUCAAAACGUCUCGAUUUUUCUGAUAUUGAGAGAAACGGGACGUGUUGCGACCUCGAUCAGGACGACGAGAACGAGGAUGAUUUGCAUACGCAGUCAUUUCGUAGGAUCGAGUCGAACGUCCAAGGGGAAAUAGUAAUGCAAACGACGCCAACGAUACCAACAUUCACCGGCAGACCAGGUGAUCCGUCACCUCCGGUUUUCGAGCAGAUCUUUAAAAAUGCAAGAUUCGCCCAGGGUGGAAAUGCCAUUUUCGAAGGAUGUGUACGUGGAAAUCCAAAGCCGAACGUUUCUUGGACUCACAAGGGUGCUCCUUUAUUGGAAUCACGAAAAAUUCGGAUGUCUUACGACGAUAAGACCGGCGUGGUUACGUUACAAAUCAAUCAGAUAGGUCCAGGAGAUGAGGGUGAAUAUACAUGUAGUGCCAAAAAUCAAUACGGAGAAGCGAUCUGCUCGGUCUACAUUCAACCGGAAGGAUUCGGACCUCCGCCUCAACAGCAAUUAGGUAGUUAUAAAAAGGAAUUUGCUCAAACCUUCCAAACGACUGAACAAAAGACCGGUAGCCAGACUUUUCAGCAACGUAGUUAUCAGCAAAUGUACGACAAGCGAAGUUAUGUCAAUGGAACGUCUAGCAUUGAGGAUUUCAAGGUGGAUACUUUCGAAUAUAGAUUGUUGCGUGAGACGGAGUUCCGAGAAUCGAUUACACGUCGUUUUGUAGGCGAAUCAGACUCGCAGAUUUCUACGGUAAUUGAUCGUAGUCUGGGUCCGGUCGCACCAGCACAAAUCGUUCAAAAACCGAGAAAUUCGAAACUCAUUGAAGGAUCCGAUGCCGUUUUUACUGCUAAAGUAACUGGAAAUCCAAAACCAAGGUUGACUUGGUUCAAAAAUGGCCAGAGGAUCCGCGACUCACAACGCGUGGAAAUGAGUUAUUCAAAUCAGCAAGCGACUCUGAAGAUCAGGGUCGCUCUACCGGAAGAUAGUGGCCAUUAUACUUUAUUAUCUGAAAAUCAACAAGGUUGCACAGUAAGCUCGGCGUAUCUAGCCAUUGAAUCUAGUGAUCAAGUCGAUCAAGCGGUUCAUCAGACGCAACAAAGAGAUAUUGCGAAAAGCCAACAAAUAGAUUCUUCGUCAUCAGAAUCUGAAACUGGUAAAGUACUUCCGCCUAAUUUCGUUCGUACUUGCGCUGAUCGAGAAGCUACCGAAGGAAAGAUGACAAGGUUUGAUUGUCGUGUAACGGGUCGACCAUAUCCAGAAGUAACAUGGUACAUCAAUGGACAACAAGUAGCCAAUGAUUUAACUCAUAAAAUUCUUGUUAAUGAAUCGGGUAAUAAUUCGUUGAUGAUUACCAACGUGAGUCGCGUUGAUGCCGGUGUCGUCACUUGUAUUGCCAGAAACAAAGCUGGUGAAACGUCUUUUCAAUGCAAUCUCAACGUCAUCGAGAAAGAACAAGUUGUUGCACCGAAAUUUGUCGAACGUUUUACGACUACUAAUGUUAAAGAAGGUGAACCUGUAGUAUUUACGGCACGUGCGGUUGGCACUCCUGUUCCACGAAUCACCUGGCAGAAGGAUGGUGUACCAAUUGCACCGGGUCCAGAGGUGCGCAUAUCGAUGGAUGGCAGUGGAGCAUCGACUUUGGAUAUACCUUGCGCUAAAUUUUCUGAUGCCGCAUGGUAUCAAUGUACUGCACAAAAUGUGGCUGGCUCCACUGCAACCCGAGCACGGCUUUUCGUUGAAACACCGAAGGGAGCCGCACCUGAACCAAGACGCUUGAAUUUACCCCGACCGACAAAAAUCAUCGAACCAGAACCAACACCUGGCCCCGAAGUGAUCUACCUAAGACACGUAGAACGAGCCAAACCAUAUUUGCCUCCUCCUGAAGAAGAUAAAAUUUAUUCACCACCACGUUUUAUCAUACCAUUAAGAGAUGUGCAUCAAAUUGAAGGUGGACGUAUUCACUUCGAGGCCAGAAUCGAACCGGUGGGCGACCCCACUAUGAGGGUUGAGUGGUAUGUAAACGGAAGAGCUCUCGACGCAAGCUCACGCGCUACAUCCAUCUUUCGAUUCGGCUUUAUUUCUCUCGAUCUCAUCAGCAUAGUUCUUCAAGAUAGCGGUGAAUAUCUAUGUCGCGUCGUUAGCUCUACCGGAGUUGCUGAAUCUCGUGCCACUCUUAGCGUGACACCACGCGCUACGAUCGAACAAGCUAGCCAACACCCCGACAGCCUUCAAUAUAUCCAACAGCUUGAGGAUUAUAGCAAAUAUCAAAGGCAGGAGAGCGUGGAGGAGAUAUCAUCUUCACAACGACCGGUCUUCAUCCGACCACUCCAGGAUCUUGGUGAGCUACAGGAAGGUCGUAACGCUCAUUUUGAGGCGCAAUUGACACCUGUUAGCGAUCCCACCAUGAAAGUGGAGUGGUACAAGGAUGGUAGACCUAUCACAGCUAGUUCAAGAAUCACAACCAUCUUCAACUUCGGAUACGUCUCGCUCAAUAUAUUGCACCUACGGGCUGAAGAUGCAGGUUCUUAUACAGUUAAAGCUGUGAAUCGUUUGGGAGAGGCUAUCAGCUCCGCGACUCUCCGUGUUUUUGCAAGAACGAGUGUUACAACAGAUUUAGGUAUUCCUGAGCAACAGAGAUAUAUUGAAGCUGCCGAGGAGUUGGAAGCUUACCAACAGGCUAUUCAUCAAAAGUAUGUACAAGAACAGCCUGAACCGACUAGCCCACCGGAAUUUAAAUCGCCUAUUAAGGAUCAAAAUGGAAUACGAGAAGGCGGGUUUGCUCAUUUUGAAGCCCGCUUAGAGCCAAUUGGUGAUGCUGAUUUACGCGUUGAAUGGCUCAAAGAUGGACGCCCUGUAGAAGCCAGUUCACGAAUUACAACAUUCUUUAAUUUCGGUUAUGUUGCACUUACUAUUAAAUAUGUCACGAUUCACGACGUUGGCGUUUAUACAUGCCGUGCUUAUAACAGAGUUGGUGAGGCCCAUACCACCGCUCAAUUGAGUGUCAUUAGCAAAAACGAUGUUAUCUAUGACAGUCAACAUCCUACCGGCUUACAAAGAAUUCAAACACUUGAGGAUUCGAGCAAAUACAUGCGUCAAGUACAAGAGGAAGUACAGGUGAAGCAAGCACCACGUUUCUUAGGUACUUUGAAAGGGACCAAUAAGAUCGUCGAAGGUCAGCGUGCACACUUUGAAGCACGAGUCGAACCUCAAAGUGAUCUGACUAUGAAAAUUGAGUGGUAUCAUAAUGGCAAAGCGAUUACUGCUGCUAAUAGGAUUCAAACCUAUCAUGAUUUUGGAUAUGUAGCGAUCGAUAUUCUUCAAGUUCGACCUGAAGAUGCUGGUACAUAUACCGUAGUCGCAAGAAACGCUCUUGGCGAAGCUCAACUUUCAGCGACUAUGAUCGUCGAGACACGCUUAAGCGUAGAUACCAGCAGUAUGCAUCGUGGUACUUUUGAAAAAACUCAACGUCUCGAAGAAUCUAAAUUCGUCGAACCACAAUAUCACAUCGAAGAAAUAUCUAAAUCAAAACCCAUUUUCGUACAACCAUUAAGUGAUCCAAAGCCAGUUAGCGAAGGAAAAAAUAUUCAUUUGGAGUGCCGUUUAGAACCAAUGGGAGAUCCAACUAUGAGAGUCGAAUGGUUUCAAAAUGGACGACCUGUAACAGUUGGUUCAAGAUUCAGAACUUAUUAUGACUUCGGUUUCGUCGCCCUAGAUAUUGUACAUUCAACUAUUUAUGAUUCGGGAGAAUAUACUGUUAGGGCUACCAAUCAUCUUGGUACUGCACAUACUUCUGCUUGUGUCAGAGUCAUCGGUAGAUCUGAUGUUGUUACAGAAACACAAAACGAACAGUCGCUUGAGCAAAUUCAAAUGUUAGAGGAUUCUUCCAGAUAUCGUAAAACUCAGCAAGAAGAAGUUACAGUAAUGCAAGCACCUCAAUUUACUCGAGCACUUCAUAAUAUUGAAACGGUAGAAUUAACGAAUGUUCAUCUCGAAUGUCGCCUUCAACCGGUCGGCGAUGCAACCAUGAGAGUAGAAUGGUUUGUUAAUGGAAGACCAGUUAAAACUGGACACCGAUUUAGACCAUCUUAUGAAUUCGAUUAUGUGGCUUUGGAUAUUCUUGGUGUUUAUCCCGAAGAUUCUGGCGUUUAUACUUGUCAGGCAACUAAUCAGUUAGGUGAAGCUGUUACUUCGUGUUCGGUACGUGUACAUGCGAAGAAGGAUCUCUUACUGGAGUCUCAACAUCCAGAAGGUUUAGAAAGAAUACAAUACUUGGAAGAUGCUUCACGAUACAAAAGGCACGAGUUGGUUGAUGAAGUUGUAACCGUAAAGCCCAAAUUCAUUACUAGUCCAAAGAACCAAGAAAACCUUAGGGAAGGACAACACGCUCAUUUUGAAUGUAAGCUUGAACCUGUAACAGACUCGAAUUUAAAAGUUGAGUGGUAUAAGAACGGUCGUCCAGUUACAAUAGGACACCGAUUCCGUCCAAUUCACGAUUUUGGUUACGUUGCAUUGGAUGUGAUCGAUUUAAUUGCUGAAGAUUCUGGAACGUAUACUUGCCGUGCCGUCAAUCUUGUUGGUAGUGACGAAGUUUCGUGCACAUUAUCUUGCCGCUCAACGGCACAAAUUCUAACAGAUACACGAAACGAAAGCGGCCUCGAGCAGAUUCAUUAUCUUGAAGAUCGUUCCAAAUAUCAUCGGCAGGAAGUGAUUGAGGAAACAACAACGCAGGCACCAAUCUUUACCACUUCCUUAAAUAACGUGGAGAUAAAAGAAGGACAAAGAGCUCAUUUCGAGUGCAGACUCAUUCCUGUGUCAGAUACAACGAUGAAAGUCGAAUGGUUCCAUAAUAAUACACCUGUCAAGGCUGGUUCAAGAUUUGUAGAAACCAACAGCUUUGGUUUCGUUGCACUCGAUAUCAUGUAUGCAUAUCCAGAUGAUUCUGGUACAUAUACUUGCCGUGCUAAGAACAUUAUUGGAGAGGCUAUUACUUCAGCAACCGCUGUAGUACAUUCGAAAAAAUCAAUUUACAUGGAGUCACAUAACGAAGAAGCUUUAGAAAGACUUCGUUACCUCGAAGAUACCUCUCGUUAUCAACGUAAAACUGUCCAAGAAGAAACAGUUACGCAAGCACCAGUUUUCACAAUGCCAAUCAAGGAUUUGCGUGUGGCUGAGAAUCAAGCGGCUCACUUUGAAGCACGUGUUAUUCCAGUUGGCGAUUCCAAGCUCAAAGUAGAAUGGCUUCGUAAUGGUGUACCUAUUGCUGCUUCAAAUCGCGUAACAACAAUGCACGAUUUUGGAUACGUCGCUUUGAACAUGAAGUAUGUCAAUCCUGAAGAUUCAGGUACUUAUACUUGUCGUGCGACCAACGAUCUUGGAGAAGCUGUAACUUCAGCGACACUUUUCGUUCAAUCAAAAGCAGCCCUGCAAUUCGAGUCGCAACACGAAAGUGCCUUGUCCAAACUUCAAGCCCUGGAAGAUACCAGCAAAUAUCAACGUCGCGAGGAAGAAGAGAUAGUGGUGAAAGAGAAGCCCUCAUUUACGGUUCAAUUGAAUGGGCCUUCGAAGUUAGUCGAAGGACAAAGUGCACAUUACGAAUGCCGCAUAGAACCCUAUCCUGAUCCGAAUAUGAAGGUGGAGUGGUUCCACAAUGGUAAACCACUAUCCACUGGUCACAGAUACAGAACAGCUUGUGACUUUGGCUUCGCAUCUUUGGACGUUCUGACAGUUUAUGCUGAGGAUUCCGGCACAUACACCUGCCAGGCCACCAAUAAACUGGGAUCGGCCAAGAGCUCGAUAAAUCUUGAUGUAAAAUCACGCUCCUCUAUAAUCCGCGAAACCCAACAUGAAAGUGCUCUUAAGAAGAUACAAUAUCUUGAAGAUGAUUCUCGUUACAAACGUACCGAGGAAGAAGAUUUCAUAAUCGCUGAGAAGCCUAAAUUUGGAAGACCAUUGAAGAAUAUUGAACACUUACCCGAAGGCAAGAACGCUCAUCUCGAAGCAACGUUGACACCAGUUAACGAUCCCACGAUGAUUGUUGAAUGGUUCAGGGAUGGAAGACCAGUACCUCAAGGACACAAAUUUAAGACCACUUAUGACUUUGGAUACGUCGCUUUGGAUAUUCUUUAUGCUUAUCCCGAAGAUUCUGGCACGUAUAUGUGUAAAGCCAGAAAUGCUGUUGGUGAAGCUGUCACCACGUGCGUCAUCAACGUAGAUUCUAAGCAAGGUCUCUUUUUGGAUACCUUGGAUGCUCAACGUUUACAAAAGAUACGAGAAUUAGAAACCGUUGAAAUCAAAGAAGAAGUGGAGAAGGAAGUGGUUCAUCAAAAACCUGUAUUUUUAACGCCAUUGAAUAACCUGGAUCAUUUGAAGGAAGGCGAACAUGCUCAUUUAGAAUGUCGCGUCGAACCGAUCAACGAUCCAAAUUUGAAGAUCGAAUGGUUUGUAAACGGAGUUGCCGUAAGGACUGGUCAUCGCUUCCGUACCACACACGAUUUUGGUUAUGUCGCUCUUGAUAUUUUGUAUACUUAUCCAGAAGAUUCAGGAACUUAUAUGUGCAAAGCAACGAAUUUGGCUGGAGAAGCAGUGAAUACGUGCACUAUUAAAGUUGGCUCUCGCCGGAGUAUACUUUUGGACACACAACAUCCAGAUGGUCUCGAAAAGAUUCGAGAACUUGAAGCUCAAGGUCAUCCUGCUCGAUUAGAAGUAGAAGAACCUCCAUUGACCCCACCGAGAUUUGUUUCUGAGCUCAGGGGUACUACUGAAGUUUACGAAGGUCAGACAGCUCACUUUGAAUGUCAGGUGGAACCACUUCACGAUGCCAAUCUUCGAAUCGAAUUCUUCCACAAUGGCAAACCAUUGCCAUCGGCAUCUCGUUUCCACAUGACCUUUGACUUUGGAUAUGUGGCAUUGGAUAUCAGUCACACAGUACCCGAAGAUGCAGGACAAUAUUCUGUGAAAGCUAUAAAUGCCCUUGGACAAUGCGUAUCUUCCAUUGAACUUAAAGUGAUACCGCGUGACAAUAUCAUCCUAGAUUCUCAACGACCAGAAGGAAUGGAUAAGAUUCGCGAGCUGGAAGCUCAACAACCAUGGAAGAGGCCAGAUAUACCGGAACCACAAACGAGACAACGACCCGUUUUUACGCAACCCUUGCAGAAUAUCGAUGCUAUACCCGAAGGCCAUACAGCUCACUUCGAAUGUAGACUCAUACCUGUUGGCGAUCCUACUUUAAAAGUGGAAUGGUUCAGAAAUGAAGUACCCUUAGAAACAAGUUCCCGUAUCACGAAAGUUCACGAUUUUGGAUACGUGGCUUUGGAUAUUACACAUGUCCGCGACGAAGAUGAAGGUGUUUACAUGUGUCGUGCUUCCAAUCCGCUUGGAGAAGCAGUUACUACGGCAUCGAUGAAAAUUAAGACUAAAGCCAGUAUUCAAUUGGAUACCCAACACCCUGAAGCACAACGUAGAAUCGCUCAAUUAGAAGCUGAUAAAGGCCCUAGCCGAGCAGAGGAACCAGAUAAGGUUUUCGACAAGCCUAUCUUUACUCAGUUAUUAACUGGACCUACAGAACUCUGGGAAGGUCAGCUUGCCAGAUAUGAAUGUAGAGUCGUUCCCGUGGGUGAUGCUAGUUUGAGAUUUGAGUGGUACAUGAAUGGAAUCGAGUUGAAAAUGGGAUCUCGUUUCCACGUCAAUCAUGAUUUUGGUUAUGUAACAUUGGACAUAUUGAAAGUCAUACCAGAAGAUUCUGGAGUGUAUACUUGUAAAGCUAUUAAUAAAAGUGGAGAAGCCGUUUCAUCGAUUUCUCUCAAAGUAAAAGCACGCUCUGCGAUCGAUGCUCAAAGUAUACAACCAGACGCAUGGCAGAAGAUUCAACUCAAGGAAGCGGAGAUGAAUAAGGUACCAGAGAUGUUUAUCGAUACAACGCCUCAACAAGCACCGGUAUUCACGAAACAUCUUGAAAGUUAUGAUAAAUUGGUCGAAGGACAACACGUUUAUCUUGAAGCUCAAGUAGAACCAAGAGCUGAUCCUAAUUUGCGAGUAGAAUGGUUUAAAAAUGGAAUAUCUCUACAAACUGGUACAAGAUUACGUAGUACUUUUGAUUUUGGUUUAGUCACACUAUCUAUCAAUGGUCUAAGACCAGACGAUUCAGCCAUUUACACCUGUAAAGCUACAAAUCUACUUGGAGAAGCUGUGUCUACGUGUAGUUUGAAAAUUGUGGAUCGCCACUGGCUUCUUGGGGAUACUCUUCAUCCAGACGCAUUACCUAAAAUUGAUGCUCUUGAACAACCACAGAUCAGUACUACUGAACAACCGGAACCCAUAUACGAAGAACCAGUUUUCAUAACACACUUGAACAAUGUAGAAUGCGUUGAAGGUGAUAACGUUCAUUUCGAGUGUAAUGUAGAACCAUCAAAAGAUCCAACUAUGAAAAUUGAAUGGUUCAUGAAUGGGAAGCCACUACCAACUGGUGCACGAUUUAAGUCGACUUACGAUUUUGGAUAUGUUGCACUCGAUAUUACACAUAGCUACGAAGAGGAUUCAGGCAUUGUCACGGUUAAGGCAACGAACUCCAAGGGAACAGCACAGACAUCGGGUACCCUGAAAUGCACCAGCAAACAAAGUAUUUACCUGCAGACUCAACAUCCGCAAGGUGAAGCUGGAUUGGAAAAAGUUAAAGAAGCUGAAGACGCUUACUUAUCCAAAUAUAGGAGACCGGAUGAUAAACCGGAACAUGAAUACCCGAAACCAAUUUGGACCGUACCUCUUCAACCAGAAUUCAAGUUAGGAGAAUCUGAACCUCUUCAUCUGGAAGGACAAGUUGAACCGAAGGAUGAUCCUGAUCUGAAAAUUGAAUGGUAUUUCAAUGGCAAAGCUUUGGAACAUGGAGCUCGUUUUAAGAUAACCAGCGAUUUUGGAUUUGUUACGUUGGAUCUUACAGAUGUUUACGACCGAGAUUCUGGUAUUUACACUUGUAAAGCAUAUAACAAGGCUGGAGAAGCGUUUACAUCUACGACCGUAUAUUGCUCGACUAAGGAAAGUAUUAUCGAAAAAUCUCAACAUCCAAAAGGUAAGGAAGGUCUGGAAGCUAUUCAAGACCUCGAGGAAUCUCUGAAACGACAGGAAGGUGCUUUGCCCGAAAGCGAAGAGGGACAUCCUCCCGUUUUCACAUCACAAUUCGAGAACUUGACCAAUCUAUCGGAAGGUGAAAUAGCUCAUUUCGAGGCAUCGCUUACACCAACGGGCGAUCAAACUAUGGUGGUUGAAUGGUUCUAUAAUGGAAAAUCAUUAGAAGCUAGUCAUCGUACUAGAACCGUUUACGCUUUCGGUAUGGUAGUAUUGGAAGUCCUUGGAACUAAAAUCGAAGAUUCGGGUACUUACUCUUGCAGAGCAACGAAUAAAUGGGGUAAAGCAGAGAUAAGUGUUCAACUUGAAUGCGUAGACAAAUCGAAGGGACAAAAACCAAAAUUCACCACUCAUAUACAAUCCUUGGAAGGUCUUAAAGAUGGACAAUCGGUGCACUUCGAAUGUACUCUUAUUCCAGUUGGUGAUCCACAUAUGAAAGUCGAAUGGUUCCACAAUGGACAACCACUUAGACACUCUUCUCGUUUCAAAAUGGUUUCCGAUUUUGGAUUCGUCGUUAUGGAUAUUGCUGGAGUUAUGUCGCACGACACUGGAGAAUACGUAUGCAAAGCUAGCAACAAAUAUGGCGAAGAUUAUACGAAAGCUACCAUUAAAUGUUUCGGAAAAAGUGGAGUAUAUCUGGAUUCUCUACAACCUGAUUCUCUCGCUAGGAUUCGCGAACUUGAAAGCUACGGCGGUGAACAACCGACUACUCCAACUACUCCUGUUGCCGAACCACCCAAGUUUAUCACACAAAUUGCAGACAUCACGAAACUCGUCGAAGGACAAUCUGCUCAUUUCGAAGCCAGACUGACCCCUAUUAAUGAUCCAGACUUGAAAGUUGAAUGGUACUAUAAUGGCAAAAAGCUACCUCACGGUCAUCGUUAUAGAACUUUCCAUGAUUUCGGUAUCGUCAUUCUGGACAUACUUUAUUGUUACGAAGAAAACUCCGGUGUAUACGAAUGCAGAGCCUUCAACAAGUACGGCGAAGAUACGACUAAAGCGACUUUGAAAUGUUUCUCCAAAUCCAGUCUUAUUUUGGAAUCUCAAUUACCAAAAGGAAUGGAAGGUGGUUUAGAGAAAAUCCAAACCCUCGAAGACUCUAUGAUUCGUACUAAAGAUGAGAAAGUAGUUGAAGAACGUGGAAAAGCUCCAGUUUUUACUGUACCCUUAAGCAAUAUCGAUGGUCUUCGGGAAGGAGAAAGUGCUCACUUUGAAGCCAGACUUACACCUACAGAUGAUCCAAGAUUAAAGGUCGAAUGGUUCUGGAAUGGUAAACCACUUCGAACAGGCUCGCGCUUUCGAACAUUCUGUGAUUUCGGUUUCGUUAUUUUGGAGAUCUCACCAAUUUACCCUGAAGAUUCCGGAGAAUAUAGUUGUCGAGCAAUUAACGAUUACGGUGAAGCAGUAACUACUUGUACUAUGAAAUGUACAGGAAAACGCAGUAUAAUUCUUGAAUCGCAAUUGCCAAAAGGCAUGGAGAGUACAAUUGAUAAGAUAGCUGAACUCGAAGGUCUUGGAAACGAACCUGGGCAACCUAGUCCCGAUGACGAUACAGGAAAACCACCAGAAUUCAUCACUACUCCAUCGGAUUUAACGCUUGCAGAGAAUUCCUUAGCUCAUUUCGAAUGCAGGCUCGUUCCUAUCAACGAUUCUAGCAUGAGAGUUGAAUGGUUCCAUAAUGGAAAACCUCUUCUAGCUGGUACCAGAGUAAAAACCAUUCAUGAUUUUGGUUUUGUCAUUCUGGAAGUAGCCAAUUGCUAUCAACGAGACUCUGGCCUUUACACAUGCAAGGCAACUAAUCGUCACGGAGAAGCCACGGUGUCCUGUAAGUUGCAAGUUCGUGGCCGUCAAGGUAUUAUCUUGGAACCACAAUUGCCAAGCAAUUUCAAGACUGGUACCGAAAGUAUUCAAAAACUAGAAGAGUCCCUCUACAAGAAAGAUGAAAUCCUGGCGGAAGAGGAAACUCCUAAUCCACCGAGAUUCAUAGUCGAAUUAAAAGAUAUUGAGGUCGAGGAAUCUGGUCCAAGUCACUUCGAUUGUAGAGUCGAACCGGUCGGUGAUCCGACGAUGCGCGUCGAAUGGUAUCACAAUGGUCGACCUUUCGCAACUGGUUCUCGCGUACAUCAAAUUAAUGACUUUGGUUUUAUUUCAUUGGAUAUGUCUUAUACGUAUGCGAGAGACAGUGGUGAAUAUGUGUGCAGAGCUACGAAUAAAUGGGGUACUGCGACCACGAAAGCUACCAUCACUUGUAAAUCUAAGAAAACAAUAGAUUUCGAUUCCCAACUACCAUCAGGUAUGAGUGGUGAAAAAUUAAAGGAGUUAGAACGUGGACCUAUCAGCGAACCACCUGUCGAAGAAGCACCACGGGAACCUCCCCGUUUUAUUACUCAAAUUCAAUCGGCUACAGUCGACGAAUCAGAACCAGUUAGGUUCGAGUGCCGAGUGGAACCAAAAGAUGACCCUAACUUGCGCAUCGAAUGGUAUAGAAACGGAAAGCUUAUUCCUGCAGGUCAUAGAUAUAGAACUGUAUAUGAUAUGGGCUUCGUAUCCAUGGACAUUUUAUACGUUUAUCCUGAGGAUUCUGGUGAAUACAUAUGUAAGGCCAUCAAUGAUCUUGGAGAAGAUACUACCAAGGCAUCUGUGUCUUGCAAAAAACUUCCAAGUAUCAUACUUCAGAAUCAAGUACCAAAAGGCAUGAAGAAAUCAGAAGCAUUGAUGCAGAUGGAAGCGACUAUUAAAAAAUAUACGUCCGAAGUUCACUUGACCGAAGAUGAUCUCUAUGAUGCAGAUAAGAAACAACCACCGCGGUUCGUUACACAAAUCCAGGAUCAAACGGAACUUGUCGAAAUGAAUAGCACUAAAUUUGAAUGUCAAUUAGCACCAGUAGGUGAUCCAAAUAUGAAGGUUGAAUGGUUCUUCAAUGGCAAACCACUUCCACAAAAGAACAGAUUUACACCGAUAUACGACUUCGGUUACGUUGCUAUGAACUUUGGUUGGGUAUAUCCGGAAGAUAGCGGAGAGUAUCUUUGUAGAGCGACUAACUUGUACGGAAUGGAUGAAACUAGAGCAAUAAUUCGGACGGCAGGAAAACCUGGUAUCAUUUACGAAUCUCAGUUACCGAAGGGCAUGAAAAGUAUUGAGAAAAUACGAGAAAUGGAAGCCGCAUGGCAGAUUGUUCCUGAAGAGGAGGGCGAAGAAGAAAAAGUACGUGCAGCACCAGUGUUUGUAAGCAAACCAGAACCAGUUACCGUUGAAGAAGGUGAUUGGUCCAGGUUUUGUUGUCGCGUUACAGGUCAUCCAAGACCACGAGUUAUGUGGAUACUCAAUGGACACACCGUCGUUAAUGGUUCGCGUUAUAAAUUAACCUACGACGGCAUGUAUCAUCUGGAUAUACCGAAGACUAGACAGUACGAUCAUGGAAAGGUCGAAGUAAUCGCAAGAAGUUCCGUUGGAGAAUCACGUACGGAAACUUUCUUAACGGUUAAACAGCGAAGCGACGACUAUCGUGGAGUAUUGAAGAAUUCGCCUAGACCUUGGUACGAUUAUGGGCUAACCCAAUACCAGUCGGAGAGACAGAACACAGAACUUGAGCGUGUAUUCGAAGAACGUCAUCAAACCGUUUCUCAAGGCAUUGAGAUUGCAACCGAACAUCUUGGGCAAAAAGUCUUUAAAGAGCCUGAAGCUGAAUGGCAGAAAUCGGUAAAGAGCAAAAAGAACGAGGACUACUAUCAAAAAUUGAUGAGCUUAGAGGAGGAGCAAGUAUUGAAGGAAUCUAGAUUGAGGGAAACUUCUCAUCAGUUCGCCAUUCCUGGUGACAAAGUGGUAUCUCAUUCCAUGGCUAAAGGAAUGGCUCAGAAGUAUCAGGAAAGUCUUGAAACGCAAGAUACGAAAAUACAAGAAACAACUCAAGCACCAGUACCACAACCUAAAUUUGCAAAAAAGCCGCAUGUAACUGAGGUUGAUAUCGACACUGAGCGUUUAAAGGGCACAGGAAGGCUUCCCCCGGAACCUUCUGAAUCCUUGGUUCAUGGACGGGAGGUUCACGUGGCAAAACAAAAACAGACCCAGAAAGAAGUAAAGGGUGAUUUAGAAAUUACAAGGAAAAUAACAGCUACUGAAACGACGGAAGUCGAGCACAAAGCUAAGACUCAAGAACGCGUGGUCCAAGGACAAGUGAAACCGGCGAAACCGCCAGUUUUCACGAAAAAGAUUCAACCAUGCAGGGCCUUUGAACAAGAACAAGCGAGAUUCGAGGUCGAAUUUGACGGAGAUCCGUUACCAAUCAUAAAAUGGUACAGAGAGGACUUCCCGAUCCAGAACUCACCCGAUCUUCAAAUCUACACGUUCAGCACCAAAUCGGUUUUGAUUAUUCGUCAGGUCUUUAUGGAAGAUUCUGCAGUAUUUUCCGUUAUCGCUGAAAAUCGUGGAGGCAAAGCUAAAUGCAGUGCCAAUCUUGUUGUCGAAGAACGUAGAAGACAACCUGGAAGAGGUGGAGUUGUACCACCUAGUUUUCUAUCUACCAUACAAAAUACUUCGGUAACAACUGGACAAUUGGCCCGAUUUGAUGCUAAGGUUACUGGCACCAAACCUCUAGACGUUUACUGGCUGAAGAACGGCAAGAAAGUGACGGCUGAUAUUCGGUACAAAACUUUGGAAGAGGAUAACAUCUACACUCUUCUUAUUUUGGAGACUAUACCAGACGAUUCAGGUAAAUACGAAUGCGUUGCAAUCAACAGUGCCGGUGAGGCACGUUGCGAUGCCGAAUGUAUGGUUCGUGGACCACAGUCGCCAACAAAAACUACAAAACCAACAACGCCUGGUGUAGAGAAGGCACCUUCUGUCCUAGAACCUCUUAAAGAUCAGACAAUUAAAGAAGGAACGUCUGUAGCGUUUGCUUGCAAAAUAACAGGAAAGCCUGUUCCCACUAUUCAGUGGAAGAAAGGCGACAAGGUCAUCAAACCAUCAAAGUAUUUCCAAAUGCAAAAAGAUGGUGAUCUUUGUACUUUGAAAAUCACAGAAGCCUUUCCUGAGGACGAAGGUGUUUAUAAAUGUAUUGCUAAAAAUCCUGCCGGUGAUGUUACUACUUCAGCAAAUUUGAGAGUUCUUGCUCCAGAUACGGUUGAUGUUUUGCCAAAAUUAUCGCCGCUGAAAGAUCAAAUCGUUUCGGAGGGACAACCAGCACAAUUUAAAACUCAGGUUACUCCAGCAAAACCAAAGCCAACGAUUCAAUGGUACAGGGAAGGUGCCCUUAUACCUCAGUCGCCCGAUUUUCAGAUGAUUCACGAGGGUAAUAAUGCUGUACUGUUAAUUGCAACAACUUACGAAGAAGACACUGGCACUUUCAGCUGUAGAGCUACGACCUCAGCCGGUACCGUAGAAACCUCUGCGAAACUCAUCGUCAAAAAACGGAAAGGGACUUAUUACGAGAUCCCUGCCGAAUCAAGCCCAGGUUUAAAAGCUGGAGAAAAAAUUUUUGAUGGUCUAGAAAAAGGAAAGGAUGUAAUAUUGGAACCAUUGCUUCUGGAUGAAGAGGGCUUACCUCUUCAACCCGGAGAUGAAUCAUUACCUUGGCGAAGAGGUCGAGUGAGCCAUCGACCUCGACCUACGAAUGUUACUCCCUGGAGGAGAGAGAAACCAAAAUCGAGAGAUGUAUCAUUGGACAAAUUAGAAUCGGUUGAAAGUAAAAAGAAACCUUGGACGGAGGAACAAAUCGUCUUGAAAAAGACUCCUCAAGUAACGCGUGACAUUCCGAAAGAAAAAUUGGAACAAGUUGAACUCAAGUCUACAAAGAUUGAUAAAAAAGAGAUAAGACGACCUAGUCAGGAAACAAUAACGUUGAAACCAGUAACCAAAGAUGUAACGUUAACAAAGAAAGAAAUCUCUGACACUUCAUAUGUCGAUGAAGUUUCAAAAGAUGUGUACAUUGAAGAAGAGGACGCUAAACGUUUAAAACUAUUGCGUAGAGUGGAUGAAUCGGUUCUCAGGAAAGAUGAAGAAAGACCUAAGCCAUGGACCGAAGAAAAAAUUACUCUUAAAAAAAGUGAACCUGUUAAAAAACCAAUUUUGAAGGAAACGAUUGAAAUCGAAUUAAAGCCAGCUAAAACGGAAAAGAAAGUUACGAAAAAAGAUGAAAAGGUCGAGUACGUAGAACAAGAAGACACCACACUUCUAGAUGUAUCUAAGAUAUCCGAAGAAAAGAGGAUUACAAAAGAAAAAAUUGUUACUGAAAAAAUAGAACAAUCUAAACCUUGGACGGAAGAAAAAGUCACUUUGAAGAAAGCUAAGGUCGAAAGAAAAACGUUAAUUAAAGAAACACCAGAAACGGUAGAACUUAAACCGACUAAAUCUGUUAAAACGGAAGUGCAGAAAUCAACACUCGAAGAAGUUGAUCUCAAGCCAGUCACUAAAACGAUUAUGGAAAUAUCUAAGGAAGACAUUCGAAAGGAUGAAUAUCAUGAUGAAGAGAGCAUUGAAUUACUUCGCAUAUCUACCGAUGUAAAAGAAACAAAAAAAAUAGAUAAGGAAGAAAUUGAACCUAAACCUUGGACCGAAGAGAAAAUCAUGUUGAAAAAAGCAAGACCGGAUAAAAAGGAUAUUCCUAAAGAGGAAAUCGAAAAGGUCGAUUUAAAGUCUUCAAAAAAAGAAACGAUUGAUAUCAAGAAACCGAGCGUAAAAGAUAAAACAAUCGAAAAGAAAUUAGUAUCAGAGGAAACUGGUCCUUAUACCGAGGGAGAAGAUACAACAAGAUUGAUUGUUACUUCUGAAAUGGAAACUAAUGAAUCUAAAAUUAAGAAGAUCGAUAAAAUACCUCAGGUAACCGAAACAAAACCUUGGACGGAGGAAAAGGUAACGUUAAAAAAGACAAAGAUAGACAAAAAAAAAGUGACAAAAGAAACUCUCGAAGAUGUUUCAUUAAAAUCGAUAAAACCAGAAAAAAAGGAAACGACAAAGAAAAUCACGAAAACGAUAGAAUUACAGACGGUCGAAGACAAAACUACAGAAUAUGUCGAAGAGCAGGAAGAUAGUAAAUUUUUAAAUAUUCAAAAAGAUACAACGGUAGAACAACAUAAAAUUGAAGAAGCUGUACCGUGGUUAAGGGGCAUUAAAAAACAAAAAGAAAAGAUGCCCUUCCAGGAAAAAGAAGAUAUAACUACUCUCCAAAUUGACAGAGACGUAGAAACUGUAAAGAAGGAAGUUAAGGAAGAAACGCCAGUACCAUGGAUAAAAGGAAAGAAACCAUUAGACAAAGCACCUUACGUUGAAGAAGAAGAUCAUACUAAAAUAACAACUGAUAAAAUACAAAAGACUGAACACGUAAUUCAAAAAGAGAUGCCUGUUCCAUGGAUUCGAGGUAAAAAACCAAAGACGGAAGACCUACCCAAAAAGCAGGAAAUUCCUAGCGAGCAAAUAUCUCAAACUCCUUGGCUACAUGAUAAAAAAGUGAGUCGUACAAUAACAAAGGAAAAGGAAGAGGAAGAAGAAAAAGUACAGGAGGAAGUAAUAUUAAAACCUAUUACGCGAGAAAAACCAGAAGAAAAAGAGGAAGAAAAGAAACAGCCACGAAAGAAAACAGAAAUUACCAUGCCAGUUAAACUUGAGGAAACUCUGGAGGAAGUUCCCCUGGAUUCUUCUAGUGCGCCUUGGCGUCGUGCAGGAAAAAUAAAACCUCCUGUGCCGGAAUUACCAGUAACCGAACAGAUACCUUCAAAAGUAGAAGAAACAAAGCAAAUAACUAGAAAAGAUGGACAGAUAAUCGAAGAUUUUAGAACGUUAAGUUUAAAACCUACUAGACGUGGUAGCAGACCACUAGAACAAGGGGAAAUAGAAAAACCAACGCUGAAGCCUGUCGCCCCAAUUCCACAAGAGCUAUCGAAACCAGAAAGAUUGGAACAGCUUGUAAAUGGAGAAAAAAUUGAAGAAAAGACAGAACUUCCUUGGAGGCGCGGAAGAAAACCUUCGACUAAAAUAAUGCCAGAAAGUAAACCUGAAAUAGAAAUUUCAUCUGAACUUAUUCCUAAAGAGGAAGACAAAGAAAUAUUAAAAACUGAAAUCAAAAAGCUAAUUGAAGAAACACCAGAUCAGACAAAGAUUACAUUGGUUAAGAAACAAAAAGUACCAGAAGAUAUGACAUCUGAGGAAGUGACACUUAAACCUGUCAAAAGAAUUCCAAAAGAACAGAAAACAAGAGAAGAGAUAAUCUCGAAACCUAUAGAUAGAAAGACAUCAAAAGAAGAUAUAUCAGCAGAAGUUAAACUUAAACCUAUUAAGAAGGAAAAGGUUCCAGAAGAGAUUAAACCACAGGAAGUUAAACUUAAACCAGUUAGGAAGGAAAAGGUUCCAGAGGAAGUUAAACCAGAGGAAGUAAUAUUGAAACCUGUAAAACGAAUUUCUAAAGAAGAAGAAAGAAAAGAAGAAAUAACUUUGAAGCCUAUAGAUAAGAAGAAACCAGAAAUAGAAGUACCAGAAGAAAUUAAACUUAAACCUGUCAGGAAGGAAAAGAUUCCAGAGGAGGUUAAACCAGAAGAAGUGACACUGAAACCUGUAAAACGAAUUUCUAAAGAAGAAGAAAGAAAAGAAGAAGUAACUUUGAAACCUGUAGAAAGGAAGAAGCCAGAAGUAGAAGUACCAGAAGAAAUUAAACUUAAACCAGUUAGGAAGGAAAAGAUUCCAGAGGAGGUUAAACCAGAAGAAGUGACACUGAAACCUGUAAAACGAAUUUCUAAAGAAGAAGAAAGAAAAGAAGAAGUAACUUUGAAACCUAUAGAAAGGAAGAAACCAGAAGUAGAGGUACCAGAAGAAAUUAAACUUAAACCUGUCAGAAAGGAAAAGAUUCCAGAGGAGGUUAAACCAGAGGAAGUUAAAUUGAAACCUGUAAAACGAAUUUCUAAAGAAGAAGAAAGAAAAGAAGAAGUAACUUUGAAGCCUAUAGAAAAGAAGAAACCAGAAGUAGAGGUACCAGAAGAAAUUAAACUUAAACCUGUCAGGAAGGAAAAGAUUCCAGAGGAUGUUAAACCAGAAGAAGUGACACUGAAACCUGUAAAACGAAUUUCUAAAGAAGAAGAAAGAAAAGAAGAAGUAACUUUGAAACCUGUAGAAAGGAAGAAGCCAGAAGUAGAAGUACUAGAAGAAAUUAAACUUAAACCAGUUAGGAAGGAAAAGAUUCCAGAGGAGGUUAAACCAGAAGAAGUGACACUGAAACCUGUAAAACGAAUUUCUAAAGAAGAAGAAAGAAAAGAAGAAAUAACUUUGAAGCCUAUAGAUAAGAAGAAACCAGAAAUAGAAAUACCAGAACAAAUUAAACUUAAACCUGUCAGAAAGGAAAAGAUUCCAGAGGAGGUUAAACCAGAAGAAGUGACACUGAAACCUGUAAAACGAAUUUCUAAAGAAGAAGAAAGAAAAGAAGAAGUAACUUUGAAACCUAUAGAAAGGAAGAAACCAGAAGUAGAGGUACCAGAAGAAAUUAAACUUAAACCUGUCAGAAAGGAAAAGAUUCCAGAGGAGGUUAAACCAGAAGAAGUGACACUGAAACCUGUAAAACGAAUUUCUAAAGAAGAAGAAAGGAAAGAAGAAGUAACUUUGAAACCUAUAGAAAGGAAGAAACCAGAAGUAGAGGUACCAGAAGAAAUUAAACUUAAACCUGUCAGAAAGGAAAAGAUUCCAGAGGAGUUUAAACCAGAAGAAGUGACACUGAAACCUGUAAAACGAAUUUCUAAAGAAGAAGAAAGAAAAGAAGAAGUAACUUUGAAACCUAUAGAAAGGAAGAAGCCAGAAGUAGAGGUACCAGAAGAAAUUAAACUUAAACCUGUCAGAAAGGAAAAGAUUCCAGAGGAGGUUAAACCAGAGGAAGUUAAAUUGAAACCUGUAAAACGAAUUUCUAAAGAAGAAGAAAGAAAAGAAGAAGUAACUUUGAAACCUAUAGAAAGGAAGAAGCCAGAAGUAGAAGUACCAGAAGAAAUUAAACUUAAACCUGUCAGAAAGGAAAAGAUUCCAGAGGAGGUUAAACCAGAAGAAGUGACAUUGAAACCUGUGAGACGGAUUUCCAAAGAGGAAGAAACGAAAGAGCAAAUAACUUUGAAGCCUAUAGAAAAGAAAAAACCAGAAGUAGAGGUACCAGAAGAAAUUAAACUUAAACCUGUCAGAAAGGAAAAGAUUCCAGAGGAGGUUAAACCAGAAGAAGUGACAUUGAAACCUGUGAGACGGAUUUCCAAAGAGGAAGAAACGAAAGAGCAAAUAACUUUGAAGCCUAUAGAAAAGAAAAAACCAGAAGUAGAGGUACCAGAAGAAAUUAAACUUAAACCUGUCAGAAAGGAAAAGAUUCCAGAGGAGGUUAAACCAGAGGAAGUUAAAUUGAAACCUGUAAAACGAAUUUCUAAAGAAGAAGAAAGAAAAGAAGAAGUAACUUUGAAACCUAUAGAAAGGAAGAAGCCAGAAGUAGAAGUACCAGAAGAAAUUAAACUUAAACCUGUCAGAAAGGAAAAGAUUCCAGAGGAGGUUAAACCAGAAGAAGUGACAUUGAAACCUGUGAGACGGAUUUCCAAAGAGGAAGAAACGAAAGAGCAAAUAACUUUGAAGCCUAUAGAAAAGAAAAAACCAGAAGUAGAGGUACCAGAAGAAAUUAAACUUAAACCUGUCAGAAAGGAAAAGAUUCCAGAGGAGGUUAAACCAGAGGAAGUUAAAUUGAAACCUGUAAAACGAAUUUCUAAAGAAGAAGAAAGAAAAGAAGAAGUAACUUUGAAACCUAUAGAAAGGAAGAAGCCAGAAGUAGAAGUACCAGAAGAAAUUAAACUUAAACCUGUCAGAAAGGAAAAGAUUCCAGAGGAGGUUAAACCAGAAGAAGUGACAUUGAAACCUGUGAGACGGAUUUCCAAAGAGGAAGAAACGAAAGAGCAAAUAACUUUGAAGCCUAUAGAAAAGAAAAAACCAGAUGUAGAGGUACCAGAAGAAAUUAAACUUAAACCUGUCAGAAAGGAAAAGAUUCCAGAGGAGGUUAAACCAGAGGAAGUUAAAUUGAAACCUGUGAGACGGAUUUCCAAAGAGGAAGAAUCGAAAGAGCAAAUAACUUUGAAGCCUAUAGAAAAGAAGGAACCUAGAGUAGAAGUACCAGAAGAAGUGAAAUUGAAGCCUCUUAAAAAAGAAAAGAAACCAGAAAAAGGCAAACCGGACGAAGUUAUUUCUAUUACUGUUAUUGAAAAACCCGAUGAAGAAAAAUCAGAUGAAGUUAGUAUUUUACCCUGGCGACGGCCCCGAAAGGCAAAGAAAGUGGUUGAUUUUAAAGAAGAGGUUACUGUUGUACCAAUUGAUCAAGAACAGGUGAUAACAGAAAUACACGAAGAAAAAGAAAUAUUUGAAUUGAAAGAAGCAACUAUAAUUGAGGAAAAAGGAGUCAUAAUUCCUAAGUCUCGUCCUGAAAAAGUUACGGAAGUAUCAGAAGGAAAGGAAAUAGAAACUAGUGAAAUAAAAAUAAUGCCAUGGCGGAAAGCUAGGAAACCUGAAAAGAAAACCGAAGAGGUUCUACAGGUCGAACAAGUACACGAGAAGAAAGAAGAAGAUGAGGACGUCAUUGAAAAGACUGAUAUAGCCUGGAGAAAAAUAAAACGGAAACCAGAAGAAAGGAAAGAUGAAAAAUCGUUAGAUAUUGUUGAAAAAGAUAUCGAAAGUGUUGAAGAUGUAACGAAGAAAUUGAAACCUGAGAAACAAAAAGCAAUUAUAAAAGUCGGAGAAAGAGAAGAGGUGGUAGAAACAGAAUUAAUAAAAUUAGAAACAGCUCCUGAGAAACCGGAAGAAAAAGAAGAAAUUAGAACUGAUUUGAUAUUGAAAAAACCUAAGAAGAAAGAUAAACCUAAAGCAGAUAUUAGUCCUGUAAUGGUCGAGGAGAAGCAAGUAAUUGCAGAAGACGUUGUUACUUCUGUCCAAGAUUUCCAAAUAACUCGUAAAGAAAAGAUAAUCAAAACCGAUAAGAAACCAGAAGAAAUUGUCCAAGAUGAUUACAAAGUUGAAGAAGUAAUUCAAGAACGUGUCACAGAAGAAACUAAACGAAGACGUAGACAACAUACACAAGUUGAUAUACCGAUUAUAGAUAAAGAUAAAACAAUUGCGCCAAGAUUCAUCCAAAAACUACAACCAAUUGUUGCGGAACUUGAACAACCCGCUAAAUUUACGUGUACCGUCGUUGGUAAUCCAGUCCCCGAAAUUUCUUGGUAUAGAAAUGAGCAAGAACUUCAUGCAAGUGAAAAAUAUAUCAUGACGAUAUUUGAAACAACGGCUACUUUGGAAAUUACCAAGGUGAAAGAAGAAGAUGCGGGAAUGUAUUCUUGCAGAGCGUCGAAUCCGGCAGGAGUUGCAACUUCUACAGUGAAUCUCGUCAUCUUUGAAAAAGAAGAGGAAGGUAUUGCUCCUCAUUUCUCUACGCCAAUCAAGCCACUUAUGGUCGAAGAACAUAAACCAGCAACGCUGGAAUGCGUUGUUACUGGUACGCCAGUCCCUGAAGUAAAAUGGUAUCGUGGUGAUAAGGAAAUCAGACCAAAAAAAGGAAUGGAAAUAAAGUUUAAUCCGGAAACAGGAGAAGCUAGAUUAACUAUUCUUGAACCUACGCCACAAGAUGAAAUAACUUAUCGCGUAUGUGCCGUCAACAAAUUCGGUCGGGCAGAAUGCAGAGCCAAUUUGAUUAUCAGUAAUAUCGUUAAAGUUUCCAAACCAGAGGUGAUGCAGGCUCCUACAAUAACAAAACCUUUGCCAGCAUUGGUAGCAGAACGAGAUAAACCUCUAAAGUUAACGGCUGACUUCGAAAGCAAGCCAAAACCAGAAGUAAAAUGGUAUCGUAACGGAAUUGAAAUUACACCCAGCAAAAACCGCCUGAUAAAGAUUUAUGAAAAUACUGCGGAACUGUUGAUACCUUCACCCGUUAAAACAGACGGUGGAAAAUAUGAGAUAAGAGUACAAAAUCCUGCUGGAGAAGCUCGAAGUUCCGGUUCGGUUACCAUAAAAGAACGCGAAGAUAAAUCAGACGAAGUGAAAGCUCCACGAUUUAUCGAGCCUAUACAACCGCAAAUAGUCACAGAAGGGGAAGUUGUAAUCAUGGAAGCGCGAGUAGAUUCUUAUCCAACAGCUUCCUUCCAAUGGUUCUACGAAAGUCGUCCCCUAGAGUCUACGGCCCAAAUGAGAAUAGUUACGAAGGAAAACAGAUCGGUAUUACUGGUGAAAGAGAUCAAACCAGAAUUCGCAGGCACGUACACCUGUCGUGCUGAGAAUGUAGGUGGAUCAGUUACGUGUACAGCUACCAUUAAUCUUCUCGAUACAACGUGGGAGGAAGCUACUGAAUUAAUAUCACCAACAUUCGUAAAAAGAUUAUCGCCUGUUAGAGUGAUGGAUGGUGAGAGCGUAAAUCUAACAUGUGUCGUACAAGGUAAACCAACGCCAAAAGUCGAAUGGUAUCACGAUGACAAACUGAUUAAAGAAGGCAAAGAAAUAACUAUCUUGCAAGACACCGAAGGUGUAUGUAGUCUUGCAAUUACUGAGGUAUUUCCUGAGGAUGCGGGUCAAUAUACGUGUCGUGCUGUAAAUCCUAUUGGCGAGGCUGUUUGCACAUCGUCGCUUAUCGUCGAAGCCUAUGAAUACGUACCAGAUUCAGAGAUUGCAUCGUCGAUCAUUGCAACGUCCCUUACUACAGGACAAAGUGGUUCGGAAGAGGACCUAUUAUCGCCAAAGGCAAUAAUAAAAAGAUAUAAAAUAAUAGAGACGCCUCUCUUCGAUACUGAUACAGAGGAAUCUGCUCCAGAAAUAAUAAAGAAACUUCCUCAGUUAAUUCCUACUAAAGAUGGAGAAUUAACCAGACUGGAAGUAAAGGUCAAAGGAAAGCCGAAACCAGAAGGAAAAUGGUACAAACAGGGAAUGGAAAUUGUAUCAUCUCAAGAAUUCCAAAUUGAAGAAUUUGAAGAUGGAACUUCGGUACUAACAAUCGCAGAAACUUACCCGGAUGACACCGGUGAAAUCGUAUUUGAAGCGCAUAAUCCACUUGGAGUAUCCACCACAAUGACAUAUUUGUCUGUAGAAGGUAUCCUUGGCACAAAAGAGUAUAGGAAACCAGAAUGGGUAACUCAAAUGGAGGAAAUGCAAGAAGCUCUUAAAGCCACGCAAUCCAUACCACGAUUUAUUCAAGAAAUAACAGACGCUUAUGUAAAUGAAGGAGAAAAAGUUGUGUUCGAAUGCAUAUAUUCCGGUAAUCCUGCUCCAGACGUUGUUUGGUACAAAAAUGACAAAUUGAUAAUGAAUACGGAUAAUAUCAAAGUCCGUAUCCUGGACAACGAGAAAAAAACUUCGCUAACUAUUUUGAAAGCUAACCGAGAAGACGAAGCUAUUUACGUUUGUAAAGCUACAAGUGAAAUUGGUCUGACGAUAACAAAGGCCAAAUUACGCGUGACUGGCACUGGAAGCGACUGGAGACCGAUGUCGGAGGAUGAAGCUGAAGAAGUGGUGGAAGUUAAACAGAAGAAAGAAAUACACAGAAAGAAGAAACCGGAAUUGAAAAAGGCAAAAGAACAGAAAGAAAAAGUCAAGACUGAACGUGUAAAAGUCGAUAAGAAAGAGAUCGUUAAAGAGCAGCCGAUAAGCAAAGAACAGCCUGAAGAUAAGAAAAUUGCCGAUAUCGAAGAAACCCAAAUACUUGAAAGUGCAACGACUUUCGAAGAGAAGACAAAAGAGGUUUCUCGGGCUAAGAAAAUCGUCCCUAUUCAAGAACCCGUGAUAAUCGAAGCUACGCCUUCGUUGAAGAAGAUCGAUGACCGGAAACCACGAGAAAUGACAUCGACUAAAGAAAAAGCAAAGCCGAUAAUCGAGGAACGUGAAAGUACGGUAGUUUCGGAAAUAAGACCAGAAGAUGUUGCUACCGAUUUCAAAGUGGAGAAAACGGUCGAUCGUGCGAGCGAGGUAACGUCAGAGGUAUUGGAGACAUUAUCUGUGUCGGAAGUUCGUACGGAAAGCGAUCUUCAAGAGAUCAAGCGAACGGAGACGAAGCAAAAGAAAGCGAAGAAGGUGAUUGGUCAUGGACAGGUGGAAAUAACGCAGGUAAAAACCGAAGAAAUCGUCGAAGAGAAACCAAAGAAAAAGAAGAAAGGUGAAAAGACAAGAAUUCGCGAAGAGAUAACGGUGGAAGAAAUCCUCGAGAAAGAAAGAGAGCACAUUGCGCGAGAAGUUGAGGAGAUCCUUGAAGUUCUUCAGGCUAAGGAAUUCGGACCCGGUGAAAGUCCUCUACGUGAAUUGGCUACCAUCGGUUAUCUCGUACGACAGGGUGUAUCGGUUACAGAAAUAAAUGAGAGUCUCUACACCACCGACAAGUUUCCAGCCUUGAGAACUCCGGAUGCACAAAACGCUUUAGUCCAAUUAGUUGAACGCGAAGGUCAUGGGCCUCUUAUCAGUCAAGUAUUAACCGAGGAAACGACUACCGACGAGAGCAUUGUAGCUGCAACUAUUGGCUUCAGGGCUUUUAUGAGAAUGAUCGAAUUGCAACAUGCCACGGUGGAGGAGGUCAUUACGCACUUCGUACCCGAAGACUUCCGUCCACGUGCUUGGGAAGUCACAGAAGUGGCUGAGGUUGAAACCGAGCAACGCGUUAUGGAAAGAAUCGAUGCCGUCCAUAAGACAGAAGUCCAUAUCAUGGAAAGAAGAGACGAAAGGAAAGCCAUUCACGUGCAGGAUAUUCAAGAAAUUAAAGAAUACGAGGACACACGGCAGGCACACACAACACUACGCAAGCGAAAAGAUAGAAAACCAAAGGAUCGCAUUGAAGAUAAACCGCAGGAUAGGGAUGAGGGGGUUCAGGUAGUAGAAAUCGAGGAAAUCCAAGAGAUUGAAAAGGAGAAGAAGAAAGAGGAUAUAAAGGACAUAGAAGAAGAAAUUAUUGUCAUUGAAAGGGAUUCAAAGGGCAGACUGAUUCCAAAAGAAGUAGAUAUUGUGAAAAAAGUAAAAGAGAAAAAAGAGGAAGAGGAAAAAGAGAUAGAAGAAAAGGUAAUAGAGGAGGAAAUAAUUCGCAAGCGUAAACAAUUGAAAGCAAAGAGACCAGCUACCGGUGAGGACGAAAUUCAAUUUGAAGAAGUAGAAGAAUUCGAAAUCAAACGAGAUAAAUUCAUGCCUUCUGUCGUAUUAAACGUACCUGGUCAACUUCAUGAAGUAGUUCCUUUCAGUCGUACCGUUGAACAAGCUCCUGGUAAACCCAAAGUCGAGAAAGCUCAACUAGCUGUGGAUACGGUUAGUGCUCUAACAGAACAUCUACAACCUGUACAAGAAAAAGAAAUUGAUAGCAUUGAUGUUAAAAAACCAAUUGGACAAAAAGCAUCAGUUUCAAUUUCAACCGUGGAACCUUACUCUAUCACGGAAACUAAUACUCAGGCUACGGCUAGCGAAUUUGUAGAUACAUUUAAACCAAGUACUUAUGCGGCGACUCCAGGCGUUACACCGUCCGAAAGUUUGGUAGUAAGCGAAAUAUUAACUAACGAUGCCGAUUUAUCUGAUCUUACGUUGAGUAAACCAGAAGUUUCGAGAAGAGCCGAUACUAGUUUGACGUUACAAGAAGCUGCAACGAUUUCUGAAACAAUAAUUAGUCAGAACGAAGUACCUACGGAAGAUUUUAUUUCGCCACUCGCGGUGAAAGCCGAGGAUAAUUUCUUGCCUCAAGUAGGACUUUCCGUCUACGAGGUUCAAGAAGGUUUAGUAGAAGACAAACUCGUACCUAUCAAAACUAUUCCUACAAAACCUAGGGUGAACGUUACCGCUACCGAACCAUUGAUCAUAGAAGAAGUUUGUGUCGAAGAUAAACCUGGAAAAUAUUAUCCAGAACUGAUAGUACCUACAGAGGUCGCAACACAAUCGGUCAUUGCACAGAGGCAAAGAAUUACAGAAGAAUUACAUGCUCCUGAAAAGGAGGGUGAGUAUGUGCCAGGUAAAUUGCCACCUAGUCAAAAAGCUAAGAUCGGUAUUUCUUAUGACAAUGAGACCGCUAUCGUUCAGCAAAAUCUAAUUCAGGAAAGCGAGGGUAUUUUUGUUCCCGAUCGAAAAGCAGAUACUUUCGAAGCAACGGAUAAAAUCACUUUGUUGGAAGGAGUCACAGUAUCUACCGUUGAUACACAACAGAGAGAAACAGAUCUAAAAGUAGAAGAAAGUAAAACUGUACAAGCGGAUCUGAGCAUUAUCGAAAUUACUUCGGCUACGACAGUCGAAACAAUUACUUCCGAAAAAGAACAAGAUUAUCAGCCAGAUGAAAAGCCAGCUACUAAACUUGCUGAAACAUCAAUCUCUACGUUAGAAAUUGGUUCUGUCAUGAGCACGAUGGUACAAGAAUCAGAGGGACCAUACACUAGCGAUCACAAACCGACAGCAAUUUUAGCGGAAACUUCGAUUAGACCAGAAGAAUAUUUACAGGUAUCUCAAGUUCAAACAGCUGAUUACCCAUCAGAUUUUAAAGAUGAGUUAAAAUACGUAUCGGAAAGUGGCAGCGUAUCUGUGGAGUUAAUAGAAGCUAAAAUGAUACACGAGACUCUUGCGCACGAUAAGGAAUCCAAGUUGGAAGAAGCUGUAAAGCCUGAAGAACGUACAGUUGCAACAUCAUAUGAUGCAAUGCGGGGCAUAGAAGUAUUCCAAACCACUUCGGUAGAAAAGGAAACUGAUUUGAAGAUAUUCGAAUUACCAGAGUCUCAUCGCGGUAAAACUGUACCAACUCAUCCAGUUGUAUCUCUACAAAUUGAGGAAACUCAUCCUGAAGGUAACGUAGGUGAAGUUAUCAAAGAAGUUCCAUCAUCGGCAGUAGCUGCAGUUGGCGCAGUAAGCUUGCAGGAAACAGUAGUAAAAGAAACAAUUCCGGCUGAAGGAUUAACUCCGGUAAAAGAAGACAAAGUUGUUGAUAUGAAAAAAGCUGAAGUAGCAAUCGAUGAAAUCGAAAGCGUUCAUACAACCAUGGUCAUAACUAGUGAAAAAGAAGCUGAAUACACUACAAUAUCUGAUGUCAAAGGCGCAUUUGCUACAACAGAUUUUAUAACACAUAACGCUCCUAUAUCACAGGAAAUAAGAACCGAAUCCCCUACUAAUGAAUUCGUUCCACAGGAGAGACCCGCUUCAAGAACAGCUGAAGAAUCUCGAAUUCCUCUGGAAAGUAUUUACGUAGCGAUACAAGAAACUGCGGAGAAAGAGGAUAUUUAUAAUGCCGAUGUAAAACCAGAACAGAAAGUUGCAAAUGUAGAUUAUACUGAAGCGAAAAGUGGAUUAAGCAUUCUCGAGAUCGUUACGCACGAUAAAGAGAUGACAUAUGCUCCUAUGGAGAAACCUAAGGAUUAUAUCGUUCAAACAUCCAUAACAGGUCAUACCAUAGCAUCACAAUCAGAAACUUUAAUACAACAAUCCACUGGUUCUAUAAUUGACGAGACUCCCAAAACAGGAAAGGCAAUUCAGCAGCAAGAGACUCUAGAAGAACUGAUUGUAACAGAAACGAACAUAGCGGAAACAGAAAAACUAAGAGAUAUAGACGUACGUCCUAUCGAACAAAGCGCAGAUAUAGAAUUUUGUACAAGGCCGGAUACAUUAAUGGUUAGUGAAAUUACGACCAUGUUAAACGAAGAAAAGUUAACGAUCGAAGAAGUACCAAAAGAGCGUAAAAUAGCUAUGAACAUCAGCGCCGCGCACGAAGUAGCAGAAAUGCAAGAAACUAUUAUUGCUAGUAACAUUAAUAUUCUUAAGGAAGAAAAACCGAAAGAAGAAAGUGCAACUCAAAAACAAAGUGGGUUAAAUAUCGUACAACAAACUGAAAUAUCAGUGUCGGAAAAAGAAUCACCAUUACAAGUGGACCUGAAACCAGAAAGCAAAAAAGUUGGAGUGACUUUUGAAGAAGGAGAGGGUCUUGAAAUCGCCAUGAUACAUCCUGAAGAAAAAGAAGGAGAAUUUACUAAGGAUUCUAAACCAAAAGGUGUGGAAGCAAACGUAGAUAUUAUCACACAAAAUGUGGCAUCUAAAUUCGAAAUAAUAAGCGAUACUGAUUUGUCCCAAUUACCGAUUGAACCUGCCAAAACCGCACAGUCGCAAACAACCUUUUUACCGUUUGAAACUACCAUUUCUGAACAAGUUGAAACCAUAGAAAAAGAAGCUCCAUUGUCUGAAAUUCAACCAUCUGAUAGAAAAGCUAAUCUGGAAUUUAUAAUGGGCGAGAGUGUAAUUGUUUCUUCGGUAAUUCCUGGAGAUAAGGAAAGCACUUUACCCAAAGAAGAAAAGCCAGAAUCAAAAUCUGUAAUGCUCGAUAUACCCACACACGUGGUAGCUCAAACAAGUGAAACAACUGCUACAGAUAACAUUGCUGAUUUCAAAAAAGAAGAAGUACUUUCUGCUACAGCUACAACAGAUCACAUUACUUUCCGUAGUUUAAUCACGUCGGAAAUAUCAACCGGUGAUUUAGAACAACCUCUUCCAACGUUCAUCAAACCAGAGAAUAAAAAAGUUAAUAUUACUUUCGACGAAGAUUACGGAGUCAGUAUAUUAGAAACUAUAACAUCUGAUAAAGAAAAGGAUUAUACACCGGCAGCACCUAUCGAAGGUGAGAAAGCAGUAGCUGCUUUCGAUGCUCAUAAAGUUGCUCAACAGAUAGAAAUUACAACAGCCACUCAUCCAGGAAUUUUAGAUAUUUCAGCUCUUACUACUGCAGCCGCCAAGGAAGAACAUUUACCCUUUGAAAGUAUUAUUCAGAUCGAAACAAUUAUCUCAGAGACUGAGAAAAAAUUUCAAGAAAAACCUGUUAUAGGUAAUAAAGCGGAAGUAGGAAUAAAUGAAUUAUUUUCUGUAACAGAAAGUACAGAAAUUGCGGCACACAAAGAAGCUAUUCUUGAAAUUCCUGAGAAACCAGUCGAAAAGAAGGCUGGUAUUCAAAUAGUUGGUCAUCCAAUCGCUGAAAAAGAAGAAAUUACUGUAGAUCUGAGUGUGGGAAAAGUUGAAGAUUCAAAAGCAUUAUCAGUUAUUGCAACACCUUCGAAUGUUCCUUUGGAAACAAUAGUAACAUCAGAGAUACAAGCAACUGAAUCUGAAGCACCAUUCUCCAGAGAUAAAUUACCUAUUCAAGCAACAGCAGAUCUAGCUCUAGUAGAGGAAAAAAGUAUACAAAUAUCUACAGUUAUUACCGAAGAUAAAGAAAGUGAAUACAAGCCAGGAGAAAUUCCUGAAGUUAGAAAAGCAGGAAAAACUUAUGCGGAGGGUCAUGCGGUAGCUGAAACGAUGAUACAAAUUGUAGACUAUACUACCGCAGAAUUAAUUAAAGAAAAACUAUCUACGUCAACGGUGAAAUCGGAACACAUACCUUUGAUACCGCUAAUCGAAUCACAACCAACCGUUCAAGAAAGUGAAGAUCAAUUCUUACCAACAUUAAUACCAGAAAAUAAAACUGCGAACGUAGGUUUAGAAUAUGAUAGAACAAGUGUCACCAUAUCUCAAGUGACAACCGUUGAAAAAGAAUCUAUUUAUGUGCCUGAAGAACAACCAUCGAAGCAUUCAGCUUUUCCUGGAAUAGAUUUAAUUCAUGGAAUCGCAGAAACAACUACGAUAACUACUGAAGAUUCCAUUGGUGAAGUCCAUAUAAAGAAACCAGAUGCAAAAACUGCAAUCGCUACACAGGAAAUGCAACAAAGUUUAUUAAUAACUCAGGAUAUCCCUCAAGAUCAAGAAGCACCCUUCGAAGGAAAAUUCAAACCAACGCCUCACGAAAUUCAUACGUCUAUAGAAGAAGGUAAACGCGUUACAACUGUUAUGGAAGUCAAUAUAUCGGACAAAGAAGAUACCCUUACCACUUUUCGAGAUAGAAGUCAAGAAGCUAUGCCAGUUAUUACUACAGGACACGAAGUUGCUGAAAAGAUUGAAAUUGUAACUGAUUUGAGCACAGGUAAAUUGGACAUAAUUAAAGCGCCAUCAGCAACCGCUCACAUCGAGCAAAAGCCUUACGAAACGAUUCAAUUGACUGAAGAGAUUUUAGGCGAGAAAGAAAUAGACAGUGUAGAGAAAGUGCCAUUAACAUCGACUAAAGCACGUGUUGCUCUAGAUGAUAAUAGAUUCAUAGCAAUCACAGAAACUACUAUUACACAAGACGUGGAAUCAGAACUUCUUCUGGAAAAGAAGCCUUCAGAAAAAAUGGCAAUACCUAUGUUAGAUGCUAAAGAAGUUGCGGAACAUCUUGAAGUCAACUUGCGUGAAGGUCUUGGUACAUUACCCAAAGCAACUAAACCAGCUGUAUCGGAAGCACAUUCUACUCAAUCUAUUUUAGAAUCUAUAAAGAUCAACGAAACAAUUCCCCAAGAACAAAGUGCUGUAUUUUCAGAUAAAUUAGAAUUCGAUAAACAUAGUGCGGAAAUUGGUUUUGUCGAAGAAAAAAGUAUAAUAAUUGACACUGUAUUAACACAAGAUAAGGAAGAUAUCAUGACAAUACCAGAAUAUACGCAUAGUACUGCACAAGUGAAAUUAACGAAAAUUGGAAUGGAUGUUGCUGAAACAUCGGAAUUGUUAAUAGAACAAAGUACUGGUUCUGUGAAACCAUUUGAGAAAACUGAAGUGAAAGCCCACUCAAAACAAGAUACAUUAGAGCCACUAAUUAUUGAAGAUAUUCCUAGCGCAGAAAGUGAAGGUUUCUUCGAUAAAUAUCCUAAAACAAUUUCUAGUACCGCCAAUACCGUAUUUGAAGAGGGUCACAGUAUUUCGGUUACCGAAGUUACUUCGGCUGAGCUAGAAACAUCUUUACAAACAAAAGAACUUGCCUCGUCACAAACAGCUUCUUCUACAGUCAUUACAGAACAUGGUACGAUUGAAACAACGCUCGUAGAAUCGCAAGUUAAUAUUCCUGAAAAAGACAUCGAUCGAGGUGUGACACCACAAAAAGCAACAGCCCAUCAUGAUACAUUUGAAAGUAUUAUCGUAGAACAGAAUUUGGUCGAAGAAAGUGAGAAAACCUUUGAAGGUACUUUUAAACCAUCGAUGCAAAAAGCAGACAUCGAUUUCCAACAGAUCAAAUCUUUGCAGAUUUCUGAAAUUAUUACCGAAGAUAAAGAAGAUGUGUUUAAUGUCGUUCCUAAGCGACAAGAAGUACAAGCUACAACUGAAAUUGGACUAUUUGAGACGGUACAAAAAUCUUUAGUAGAAGGUAUGCAAAGUGUAGAAGAGAUUCGCAAAGAACAACCAAUUUCCUCUCAAGCAAAUUUAUCACAAAUUCCUAUCGAAGCUAUUAUUGAAACGGAAACAACAUUAGGUGAACGAGAAGAUACAUUCGAAGGAAAAGAUUUUAAACCAACUGAACAGAAAGGAAAAACUCAUUUGGAAGGUUUAAGUACGGUUACAGUUACUGAAAUUAUUUCCAAUGAGACCGAAGAGAUUUUGCCUGCAUCAACCGUUCCAAAAGAACAACAAGCACUUGCAAACUUGUUAAGUAAAGAGGCUAUUGAAACCUUACAGGUUGUAACUAUAGGAAGUGCUGAAGACAUAACGGAACAUAUUAAAUUCGAAGAAAAACAAACAAAAGUGGAAGUUGAAGAAUUGUCAAGUGUAUCCGUUUCUGAGAUAAUCUUAAAUGAAACAGAAGAUGUAUUAUUACAGAAAGAAGUUCCAAAGGAUCAAACAGCUCACUUAAAUAUUUCCGGUAGAGAAGUAGCUGAAACAACCGAGGUAAUGACUAGCACCGAAACGCAAAAUCUAAGUACAAAAGUACCGAAAGAAGAAAAAGGUAAACCUGGUUUGGAGGAAUUAACGCCUUUAACUGUAUCACAAAUAGUUUCAAACGAAGCUGAAAUAACUUUGCCUACUGCAGAAAUACCUUCGGAAAAGGUCGCUCAAUCUAGUUUACUUGGUAGAGAUAUCGCUGAAACUAGUCAAGUAUUUACUAUGACAAGCGCCGAGCAGUUAAUAUCAUCCCAAGAGCCUGAAAAGUAUAAAGGUAAACCAGGUUUAGAAGAGUUAUCUUCAUUAACAAUAUCCCAAAUAAUAUCUCACGAAGUAGAAGAAACAAUGCCUAGUCCAGAAGUUCCUACUGAAAGAGAGGCACAAGCAAAUAUUCUUGGUCGAGAUGUAGCCCAAACGAUGCAAGUGAUGACUGUGUCCACUACAGAACAAUUGGUUGAGUCCAAAAUACCCGAUGAACAAAAAGGAUAUCCAAGUUUUGAAGAAUUAUCACCUCUAACCAUUUCGCAAAUAUUAUCUAACGAAAUGGAAGACGUAUUGGCGGUAACAGAAAAACCUGCUAAAAAAACAGCACAACCAAGUUUAUUUGGCAGAGAUGUGGCAGAAACAAGUCAAGUAUUAACCAUGACAAAUGCAGAAGAAUUUUCUAAAUUAAUUAAGCCUGAAGAACAGAAAGGAAAACCUCAGUUAGAGGAAUUGUCUUCUGUAUUAGUGUCCCAAGUAGUUUCUCAUGAAACUGAAGAUGUCUUACCAAGUCCAGAACUGCCACAUAAAUUUACGGCAAUAUCUUUAUUCUCCGGCAGAGAAGUUGCCGAAACCAGUCAAGUGUUAUCCGUAAGUAACGUCGAAGAAAUGGAAAAACCUGAAAUACCGAAAGAACAGAAAGGUAAACCUUAUUUAGAAGAAUUAACAUCAGUAUCCGUUUGUCAAAUAAUCUCAAAUGAAUCAGAGGAAAUUUUAAUAAGUCCAGAAAAACCUGAUCAAAAGAUAGCAAAACCAAAAUUACUUACCAGAGAAGUUGCCGAAAAAACUGAAAUUUUAACGCUCUCUAAUGUAGAAGAAAUGCCAAAACUUGAGAAACCUGAAAGUCAGAAAAGAAAACCGGAAGUAGAUGAAUUAAGUUCGCUCGUAGUCUCUGAAGUUAUUUUCAGUGAAACAGAGAAAACUUUGCCAAACCCAGAUGUACCCACGCAACGUAAAGCUUUUCCAAAUAUGUUAAGUAUCGAGGCCGCAGAAAUAUCUGAAGUAUUGACAGUAACAAAUGUAGAUCAAUUAGAGAAGCCAAAACUACCAGAAGAACAAAAAGGUAGACUACAAUUAGAGGAACUAAGUUCACUGUCAAUAUCAGAAGUUGCAACCAACGAAAUAGAGAAAGGCCUUCCAACUCCAGAAGAACCAACGAAACAAACUGCUCAACCUAGUUUGUUUGGCAUACAAGUUGCUCAAAAAUCUCAAGUAAUAGCAUCGUUAACGACAGAAAGUCUUGCUGAGACGACUAUACCAGAGACUAAAACUAUAAUACCUGAACAGAUACCUUAUGAAAGUUUCGAAGAGAUGCAAAUGGUCCCACAGGAAAGUGAACAUAAUCUUGUUAUCGACAAAACCAUGUCAUUGGCAACAGCUGAGGUUACUUUUCGAACGUCCGAAAGUUUUGAAGUAACUCAAAUUAUGACAACUGAAAAAGAAAGUAAACAAGAAGUUAAAGAAAUGAUAAAGGAAGUUAGUGCAUUGCCUGAUGUUGUGAAAACAGAAGUUGCUGUAAAAACUGAAAUUCUUGUUGAAGAUACAGCUCCGGAAUUUAAAAUUAUAAAACCAGAAAGUAAAAAAGCACAUGAACUUGAGGAACCCAAGAAAAGUAUUAUUGUCACAGAAUUGGAAAAUGUUGGAGAAUGUGAAUCAGUCUUGCUCGAAUCCAUUAUGCCAUUUACAAAGGUAGCAAAUGUCUCAAUUGAAGCUGAUCGUCUGAAAAAUGUAAUAGAAACAAAAGAAGCACCAGUGCAACAUGACACCACAAUCACAUUAUCACACAAAACAAAACACGAUAUAACACAACCAUCGUUUGAAUCUGAUACUGAGGUGACAGAAGAAUACACAACGAAAUUUAGGCGUGGCAGCAAGGACGAAGAUACUGCAGCUAUUAAAACAAAGAAAACAAUUAUACGAAAGAAAAAGCCAUUGGGAAAAGAAGACAAUGUUGUCGUUAUCGAAGAAGAAUUAGAAAAUAUUAAAUCAACCUUACCACAAAUACCGAAAAAACAAUUUAUGUCAAUAGAAGAAAUAACAGACAUUGUAGACGAGGAAGAAAUAAUACCAACAAAAAUAGAAGAAAUAGAGGAUACUCCACUUGAGGAAUACAAAAAACAGGAUCAGCAAAGGAAAGUACCCAAACGAAAAGAGAAGAAAGAACACUUCAUAGAAGAAGUAACGACAGAAAAACCAAUAGAAAAACUGUUUAGGACAGCUACUGAAAGAAAACAAGAAGAGGAAACAAUAGAGGAAAUAAUUCUGACCAAACCAAAAACGAAGAGAGUAAGCGAGACCACUGAAAUUGCAAGGGGCAUAAAAGUAGCACAAACAAUACCAGAAGAAGAAACGAAAGAAAUUCCGGAAGAAAUAAUAGAAGUCGUCGACACUCCAACAAAAAAAGUAAUAAAAAAGAAAAAAACUAAGAAGGGACAACAUACAGUUAUAACACAAGAAACUGUACAAAAAACAGCAGAUGAGACAAAGAUCAUGGAGGAUCAGAAGAUAAUUGAAAUUACUGAGACACCAUUUAAGAAGGUAAUCAAAAAGAAAAAGACACGAAUCACUGAGGCUGGUGUACCUGAGGAAGUAGUGGAAGAGAUCGUUAUUGAAAAACCAAAGGAAGAGCAAGCCAAGCUAAUUCUGGAAGAGUUAGCAAGAGCUAAGGAAGAAAUGACAGAAGUGAUCGAAGUAACAGAAACACCGACUACGAAAAUAAUAAAACGGAAAAAGAAGCCAACCAAGAAAGGUGAGGCAACUGUGAUAACAGAAGAGAUUAUACAGAAAACUGGAGAUGAAGCCAAGAUCAUGGAGGAACAGCAGAUCGUGGAAAUUACUGAGACGCCAUUGAAGAAGGUAAUCAAAAAGAAGAAGACACGAAUCACUGAGGCUGGUGUACCUGAGGAAGUAGUCGAAGAGAUCGUUAUUGAAAAACCAAAGGAAGAGCAAGCCAAGCCAAUUCUAGAAGAGUUAGAAAGGGCUAAAGAAGAAAAGCCAGAAGUGAUCGAAGUAACAGAAACACCGACUACGAAAAUAAUAAAACGGAAAAAGAAGCCAACCAAGAAAGGUGAGGCAACUGUGAUAACAGAAGAGAUUAUACAGAAAACUGGAGAUGAAGCCAAGAUCAUGGAGGAACAGCAGAUCGUGGAAAUUACUGAGACGCCAUUGAAGAAGGUAAUCAAAAAGAAGAAGACACGAAUCACUGAGGCUGGUGUACCUGAGGAAGUAGUCGAAGAGAUCGUUAUUGAAAAACCAAAGGAAGAGCAAGCCAAGCCAAUUCUGGAAGAGUUAGAAAGGGCUGAAGAAGAAAAGCCAGAAGUGAUCGAAGUAACAGAAACACCAACAACGAAAAUAAUAAAAAGGAAAAAGAAACCAACCAAAAAAGGUGAGGCAACUGUGAUAACAGAAGAGAUUAUGCAGAAAACUGGAGAUGAAGCCAAGAUCAUGGAGGAACAGCAGAUCGUGGAAAUUACUGAGACGCCAUUGAAGAAGGUAAUCAAAAAGAAGAAGACACGAAUCACUGAGGCUGGUGUACCUGAGGAAGUAGUCGAAGAGAUCGUUAUUGAAAAACCAAAGGAAGAGCAAGCCAAGCCAAUUCUAGAAGAGUUAGAAAGGGCUAAAGAAGAAAAGCCAGAAGUGAUCGAAGUAACAGAAACACCAACAACGAAAAUAAUAAAAAGGAAAAAGAGGCCAACCAAAAAAGGUGAGGCAACUGUGAUAACAGAAGAGAUUAUACAGAAAACUGGAGAUGAAGCCAAGAUCAUGGAGGAACAGCAGAUCGUGGAAAUUACUGAGACGCCAUUGAAGAAGGUAAUCAAAAAGAAGAAGACACGAAUCACUGAGGCUGGUGUACCUGAGGAAGUAGUCGAAGAGAUCGUUAUUGAAAAACCAAAGGAAGAGCAAGCCAAGCCAAUUCUAGAAGAGUUAGAAAGGGCUAAAGAAGAAAAGCCAGAAGUGAUCGAAGUAACAGAAACACCGACUACGAAAAUAAUAAAACGGAAAAAGAAGCCAACCAAGAAAGGUGAGGCAACUGUGAUAACAGAAGAGAUUAUACAGAAAACUGGAGAUGAAGCCAAGAUCAUGGAGGAACAGCAGAUCGUGGAAAUUACUGAGACGCCAUUGAAGAAGGUAAUCAAAAAGAAGAAGACACGAAUCACUGAGGCGGGUGUACCUGAGGAAGUAGUCGAAGAGAUCGUUAUUGAAAAGCCAAAGGAAGAGCAAGCCAAGCCAAUUCUAGAAGAGUUAGAAAGGGCUAAAGAAGAAAAGCCAGAAGUGAUCGAAGUAACAGAAACACCGACUACGAAAAUAAUAAAACGGAAAAAGAAGCCAACCAAGAAAGGUGAGGCAACUGUGAUAACAGAAGAGAUUAUACAGAAAACUGGAGAUGAAGCCAAGAUCAUGGAGGAACAGCAGAUCGUGGAAAUUACUGAGACGCCAUUGAAGAAGGUAAUCAAAAAGAAGAAGACACGAAUCACUGAGGCUGGUGUACCUGAGGAAGUAGUCGAAGAGAUCGUUAUUGAAAAACCAAAGGAAGAGCAAGCCAAGCCAAUUCUAGAAGAGUUAGAAAGGGCUAAAGAAGAAAAGCCAGAAGUGAUCGAAGUAACAGAAACACCGACUACGAAAAUAAUAAAACGGAAAAAGAAGCCAACCAAGAAAGGUGAGGCAACUGUGAUAACAGAAGAGAUUAUACAGAAAACUGGAGAUGAAGCCAAGAUCAUGGAGGAACAGCAGAUCGUGGAAAUUACUGAGACGCCAUUGAAGAAGGUAAUCAAAAAGAAGAAGACACGAAUCACUGAGGCGGGUGUACCUGAGGAAGUAGUCGAAGAGAUCGUUAUUGAAAAGCCAAAGGAAGAGCAAGCCAAGCCAAUUCUAGAAGAGUUAGAAAGGGCUAAAGAAGAAAAGCCAGAAGUGAUCGAAGUAACAGAAACACCGACUACGAAAAUAAUAAAACGGAAAAAGAAGCCAACCAAGAAAGGUGAGGCAACUGUGAUAACAGAAGAGAUUAUACAGAAAACUGGAGAUGAAGCCAAGAUCAUGGAGGAACAGCAGAUCGUGGAAAUUACUGAGACGCCAUUGAAGAAGGUAAUCAAAAAGAAAAAGACACGAAUCACUGAGACUGGUGUACCUGAGGAUGUAGUGGAAGAGAUUGUUGUAGAAAAACCGAAGGAUGAACAGCUUAUACCUUCUACUCAUAUAGACGAAACUGUAAAAAUUUCCGAAGUUCCAAUUACAGAAUCUGUUGAUAUAGAGGCAGUGAUGCCAGCAGAUAAAGAACUGGAUGAAGUGGCUCAUUUGAAGAAGAAAAAGAAGAAAAUUCCUAAGAAGUAUGAAACUGAUUCGAUAGAGGCAGAAUAUGAAAAACCAAGUUUAGAACCAUUGCAUGAGAAAAUUGAGAGUGUUCCAAGGAAGAAGAAAGAAAAGAAACCGCUUUCUCCAGAGUUACAGAAAUUAAUACCACAAAGAAUAGAAAGGAAAGAAAUAAAACCAACAAAACUACAAUAUUCGAAACCUGAAGAUGUUAUUCAAAUCGGUACAGUAAAAUUGCGGAAGGUUGUAGUACCAAAGAAGAAGGAACCUAAAAUUACAAAAAUUCCAAAAAUAUUAUUACGCAGUAGAAUCACAUUUAUAGGUGAUUAUCCACCUGAGUUGCAAAAACCAAAACUUACACUUCUUGAAGAGAAUCCUAUUCAAGUUGGUAUUCUUUCAAGAAACACUGAAGAAGCACUUAAAGUAUUGAAGAAAAAGAUUAGAAAACCUAAGUUGCCGGAGAAAGAAAUAACGGAAUUAGAGAAACUGGAUCAGGAAUUUGAAAAAUUGAAAGAAAUUCCUUUAGAGGAAAUAGAAGAUAAAUCGAUAUAUGAACGUAAGCCUAAGAAAAAGAUAGGAAAACCAGAGGAACCACAAAAAUUGGUCAUACAAAAAGGUAAGAUUCCUGCACAGGAAGAACCACAAUCCGAAGAAAUUAAAUUAAAGAAAGUGCCUUCUAAAGAAGUAGAAGGAAUCGAAGAAACUCCGAAGAAACCUGUAAGAAAAGACAAAGACACAACAGAAUCUAAAGAAACGAAACGAAAACCCAAGACAAAACUUGAGCAGGAAGAAUUUAAACCUACUGACUUUGAUAGACCGGAGCUUGAAAAGUAUGUACCCGAAGAGAUUGAAAAACCAGAAGAAGCUAAACCUGAGCCGACACCAAAACCUUAUAUUAAGGAAGAACGAAAGAAACCUGAUCAAGAAAUCGAACAAAUUCCAUUAAUCCCAGGAAAACCAAAAUCUCCAGAACCCACAGAAGAACCUGAAGUAAAGUUCCGAAUACCACAAAAAGAAAAACCUGAGGAAGAACCAGAAACUAUAAUUUUAAAAGGUUGGAAGAAAGAAAAACCAGAAGAUGAAGGUCCGGAAAAAUUCUUGAGUAUACAAGUCGAAACUCUUCCUGAACUUCCAAAAGAUGAAACAGAUGAAGGUGUGACACUACCUAAAAUGAAGUUGAAAAAACCUAAGAAAAAGCCUAUUUCAGAUGAUGCACAGUUGCUAGAACAGAUUCCUAGCCAAGAAGCAAGUCCAGAAGAUAUUAUAGUCACCUUAGAUAAACUUGAAGACCUUGAGAAAGAAGAAGAAAUUAGUGUUCCAGAAGAAGUAAAAGAAAAGCCUGUCACAAAAAAGAAGAAAAAGAAGAUCCCUAAAAAAGAUGAUAUAGAAGAGUGGGUAGAACCAGAAUAUGAAAGACCUGUAUUGGAACCUAUGCCAGAAAAGAUACAAUGGGAACCAACAAAGAAAAAGAAAGAGAAGAAACCACUACCUCCAGAGCUCCAAAAAUUAGUGCCACAAAAAAUAGAAAGAAAGGAAAUAAAACCAACGAAAUUAAAAUACAUGGAGCCACAAGAUGUUGUACAAUUCGGUUCAAUAAAAUUGAAAAAAGUAGCAAUACCAAAGAAAAAAGAUACUACUGUGGCAAAAAUUCCAAAGAUCUUAUUACGCAGUUGGAUCACAUUUAUUGGUGAUUAUCCACCAGAGUUACAAAAGCCGAAACUUACACUUCUUGAAGAGAAUCCUAUUCAAGUUGGUAUUCUUUCAAGAAACACUGAAGAAGCACUUAAAGUAUUGAAGAAAAAGAUUAGAAAACCUAAGUUGCCGGAGAAAGAAAUAACGGAAUUAGAGAAACUGGAUCAGGAAUUUGAAAAAUUGAAAGAAAUUCCUUUAGAGGAAAUAGAAGAUAAAUCGAUAUAUGAACGUAAGCCUAAGAAAAAGAUAGGAAAACCAGAGGAACCACAAAAAUUGGUCAUACAAAAAGGUAAGAUUCCUGCACAGGAAGAACCACAAUCUGAAGAAAUUAAAUUAAAGAAAGUGCCUUCUAAAGAAGUAGAAGGAAUCGAAGAAACUCCGAAGAAACCUGUAAGAAAAGACAAAGACACAACAGAAUCUAAAGAAACGAAACGAAAACCCAAGACAAAACUUGAGCAGGAAGAAUUUAAACCUACUGACUUUGAUAGACCGGAGCUUGAAAAGUAUGUACCCGAAGAGAUUGAAAAACCAGAAGAAGCUAAACCUGAGCCGACACCAAAACCUUAUAUUAAGGAAGAACGAAAGAAACCUGAUCAAGAAAUCGAACAAAUCCCAUUAAUCCCAGGAAAACCAAAAUCUCCAGAGUCCAAAGAAGAACCUGAAAUAAAGUUCCGAAUACCACAAAAAGAAAAACCUGUGGAAGAACCAGAAACUAUAAUUUUAAAAGGUUGGAAGAAAGAAAAACCAGAAGAUGAAGGUUCGGAGAAAUUCCUGAAUAUACAAGCCGAAACUCUUCCUGAACUUCCGAAAGAUGAAACAGAUGGAGAUGUAGCACUACGUAAAACGAAGAUUAAAAAACCUAAGAAAAAAGCUGUCCCGGAAGAAACAGUUGAUAAGACAAAACUGGAUUUACUUCCAGACAAAGAAGAAGAAACUGUCGUUAUGAUAGAGAAAAUUCCUAUUAAAGAAAUUGAACAAGUGGAAGGUAUGACUACAGAAGAAGUUGUAGAAAAGGUAGUGGUAAGGAAGAAAAAGAAAAAGAUUGACGAUUUGUCAGAAAAGCAAGAAAAAGUAAAUGGCAUCCCGUUAGGUAAGGAUGAAAUAAUGGAAGUUGCAGAUAUUAUCACUUUAGUGGAACAUAAAGACACGUCAAAUAAAGACAAAACUAUACUACCCUUAACAGCUUUAACUGAUGAUAUCGAAGACACUACACCAGAAACACAUGAUAGGCCAAAAUACACAAGACCGUUAAAACCUAAAACUGAUGAAAUCGUAUCAGAAGAUAUUGUAGAGAAGACAACAGAAGAGGAAAUUCAGAAAGAAAUUAUCGAAGAAACUCCUACUAAGAAAGUUGUUAAAAAGAAGAAAAAACCACAGAAAAUAACUGAUGAAGUCACAGAGGAAAUCGUUGAAGAACUAAUAAUAGAAAAACCAAAGAAAGAAAAAGUUCAACCAGUCACAGAUGUAAUGGAAAGUGCUCAAAUUACAAAAAUUAAAAUAGAAGCUCCUCAAACAAAAGAAGAAACUCUUAUCAUAGAGGAAGAGGAAAUAAUAGAAAGCCCAACGCGUAAAGUCAUAAGAAAGAAAAUUAAACCAAAAUCAAAAGAAAAAGAAGGACAAGUUAUUGAAGAGAUUAUAGAAAAACCGUUAGAAAAGAUAUCAAUGAUGGAACAGAAAGAUAUUGUGGAAAUUGUAGAAACACCUUCGAAAAAAAUCAUUAGGAAGAAAACAACUGUUAUAAAAGACGAUGGUAUUCCAGAGGAAGUGAUAGAAGAAUUUAUUAUAGAAAAACCAAAGGAGGAAAAAGCUAAGUCAAUCAUAGAAGAAGAAAAGAAACCUUUAGAAAAAAUAAUUGAAGUCAUUGAAACUCCAACAAUGAAAAUAAUUAAAAAGCAGAAACCAGCAAAAAAAGAUCAGCCAAUCGUCGUUGCCCAAGAAGUAAUAGAAAAAACAGCUGAUGAAGCCAAAAUUAUGGAGGAACAACAGAUAGUAGAGAUCACUGAAACACCAUCAAAAAAAAUAAUAAAAAAGAAAAAGAGCACGAUCACAGAGUCUGGAAUACCUGAAGAACGAAUUGAAGAGAUCGUUAUAGAAAAACCUAUCACUGCAAAAGCAUUAGAGGAAAUCGUAUCAAAGGAUGGUAUACAAAUAACAGAAAUAAUAACGGGGUCUUAUAUAAAAGAGCUACCACAGCAAGAAACAAUUUUCCCAGAGGAAACAACGCAAACUGAGCUUAAGGAGGAAAAAGUCAAAGUAACUGAUAUUACUAUUAAGAAUGCACCAAAGGAAAAGAAGAAAAUAGAUGAUAUUCAAGAACAAAUAGUAGAGGAACGGGUUGAAGAAAUAGUUUCGAAAAAACCAAAAAAGGAAAAAAUCUCUCCGACCAUUACAACAGAAGACAGCAUACAAGUAACCGAAACAAUAUCAGAAGAUACGACGCAACAAAUUCCAAAAUUAAAAGUUAAGAAAGAUGUUGCAAAAGUAGAAGAAACUAUGGAAGAAAAGAUUAUAGUGGAUAAGGUUUUGGUAAUGAAGGCUCCAAAGGAAACACAAGAAGAUAUAUCAGAAAUUAGUGAAGUUCCACUUCAAACAGAAAAACCAAAGGAAGAGCAAGCUUCUAUUAUUGAAGAAGAAGCAGAAGAAAUUGUAAAGACUACAAAAGUUUCUAGUAAAAAAGCACCCAAGAAAUCGAAAGUUAAAGAAAUAAAAGAACAACCAGAGGAAGCAAUAGAAGAUAUUCCUUCUGUAGAAAUGCCCAAGAAAAAAGCUGAAAAAAUACUCCCUAUUCCAUUAGAUGAAAAGAAAGCCAUGGAAAAAGAAGAAGAAAAACCGGAGGAAAUAAUUCAGGAAAUAGAGUUGAAGAAAGCAAAAUCAAAGAAAGCAACGCCUGAAGUUAUUCCUAUAGAAGGUAUUCAGGUCACUGAAGUAAUGACAGAAAUAACUUCACAAGAAUUACCUGAAGAACAAGUGCCAACAGAUCAAGCUCGUCCAAUAUUGAAAAUUGAGGAAAAAAUGAAAGUGACGAAAACACAUGUUCAAAAGUUCCCCAAGAAGCAGAUAGAAGAACAAAAAGAGGAUACUGUAGAAGAACUUAAAGUAGAUGAACGAAUCGAAGAAAAACCAAAAACAACAAUCAUAACGCAAGAAGGUAUUCAAACAACAGAAGUGAUUACGGAUACAAACGUAAGUGAAAUACCAACAGAAGAGAAAGCAAAGAGAGAAACAGGACUUUCGAUCGAAGAAACACCAAAGAAAAAGCCUGAAGUAACACAAGUUUCUGUUAAAAAGGCACCUAAAAAGAAAAUUUCACUACCCGAGGAACAAGAAAAACCAGAAAUAGUUGAGGAACUUCAAGAACAGAAACCUGUAGAGAUUGAAUCAGUGCCUACAAUCGAAGAAAAGCAUGAAAUUACGGAAAAAUUAAAGAAGAAACGCGUAAGUAAACCGGAUAUUACUUCUAUUAAAGAAGAUUUCCCUAAAUCAGCCGAUAAAGGAGAUGUAACAGUUCAACCAGAAAAACCUAAAGAGAUUAAGAAAGAAGAAGAAAAGAGUGUAUUGGAAGAAGUAAAGGAGAAACCUGUCGCAAAAAAGAAGAAAAAGAAGAUCCCUAAAAAAGAUGAAAUAGAAGAGUGGGUAGAACCAGAAUAUGAAAGACCUGUGUUGGAACCUAUGCCAGAAAAAAUACAAUGGGAACCAACAAAGAAAAAGAAAGAGAAGAAACCACUACCUCCAGAGCUCCAAAAAUUAGUACCACAAAAAAUAGAAAGAAAGGAAAUAAAGCCAACGAAAUUAAAAUACAUGGAACCACAAGAUGUUGUACAAUUCGGUUCAAUAAAACUGAAAAAAGUAGAAAUAUCAAAGAAAAAAGAAGCUGAAGUUGCAAAAAUACCAAAGGUUUUAUUGCGUAGUAGGAUAACAUUUAUUAAUGACUAUCCACCUGAAUUGCAAAAGCCAAAAAUAACACUUCUUGAGGAAAAUCCUGUUCAGGUUGGUAUUCUCUCUAGAAAUACAGAAGAAGCAUUAAAGAUAUUAAAAAUAAAGUAUAAAAAACCUAAAUUACCAGAAAAAGAAAUAACGGAAUUAGAGAAAUUGGAUAAGGAAUUUGAAGAAUUAAAGGAGGUUCCUUUAGAGGAAAUAGAAGAUAAGUCAGUAUAUGAACGUAAGCCUAAGAAAAAGAUGGAAAAACCAGAGGAACCACAAAAAUUGGUCAUACAAAAAGGUAAGAUUCCUGCACAGGAAGAACCACAAUCCGAAGAAGUUAAAUUAAAGAAAGUACCCUCUAAAGAAGUAGAAGAAAUCGAGGAAACCCCAAAGAAACCGGUAAAAGAAGACAUAGAAAUAGAGGAACCUAAGAAAAAGAAACGAAAGCCCAAAAUGAAACUUGAACACGAAGAAUUUAAACCUACUGAAUUUGACAGGCCAGAACUUGAGAAGUAUGUUCCCGAAGAAGUUGAAAAACCAGAAGAGCCUAAACCAGAACCUACACCAAAACCUUAUGUUAAGGAGGAACGAAAGAAACCUGAUCAAGAAAUCGAACAAAUUCCAUUAAUUCCAGGAAAACCGAAAUCUCCAGAGCCGGAAGAAGAACCGGAAAUAAAGUUCCGAAUACCACAAAAAGAAAAACCUGAGGAAGAACCAGAAACUAUAAUUUUAAAAGGUUGGAAGAAAGAAAAACCAGAAGAUGAAGGUACAGAAGAAUUCCCCAGCAAAGAACAAGAAACUGUUCCUAAAUUGCCUGAAGACGAAACAGAAGAAAUUAUCUUAAAGCCUAAAAUGAAGUUAAAGAAACCUAAAAAGAAGGAGGCAGAAGAAAAACCACAGGAGGAAAUAAUGAUUAAAAAACCUGUUGUUGUCAAAGAGGGAAAAGAAGAGGUAAUAGAGGAAGUUACUUUGAAGAAAAAACCAAAGAAAGAACCGGUUCCUGAAGAAGUAACUGAAGAAGUUAUUUUGAAAAAAUUAGAACCUAAAAAAGAAGAGAAGGCUCCUGAAGAGAUAACUGAAGAAGUGGCCAUAAAGAAAAAACCAAAGAAGAAGCCCGUAACUGAAGAAGCAGCGGAUGAGGUUACGGUCAAGAAGCCUGUUGUUGUGGAAGAGGAAAAAGAAAAAGUAGUAGAAGAAAUUACGUUAAAGAAAAAACCAAAGGAAGAGCCAGUUCCUGAAGAAGUAACUGAAGAAGUUGUCUUGAAAAAAUCAGAACCUAAAAAAGAAGAGAAGGCUCCUGAAGAGAUAACUGAAGAAGUGGCCAUAAAGAAAAAACCAAAGAAGAAGCCCGUAACUGAAGAAGCAGCGGAUGAGGUUACGGUCAAGAAGCCUGUUGUUGUGGAAAAGGAAAAAGAAGAAGUAGUAGAAGAAAUUAUGUUAAAGAAAAAGCCAAAGGAAGAGCCAGUUCCUGAAGAAGUAACUGAAGAAGUUGUCUUGAAAAAACCAGAAGCUAAAAAAGAAGAGAAGGCUCCUGAAGAGAUAACUGAAGAAGUGGCCAUAAAGAAAAAACCAAAGAAGAAGCCCGUAACUGAAGAAGCAGCGGAUGAGGUUACGAUCAAGAAGCCUGUUGUUGUAGAAGAAGAAAAAGAAGAAGUAGUAGAAGAAAUUACGUUAAAGAAAAAACCAAGGAAAGAGCCAGUUCCUGAAGAAGUAACUGAAGAAGUUGUCUUGAAAAAACCAGAAGCUAAAAAAGAAGAGAAGGCUCCUGAAGAGAUAACUGAAGAAGUGGCCAUAAAGAAAAAACCAAAGAAGAAGCCCGUAACUGAAGAAGCAGCGGAUGAGGUUACGAUCAAGAAGCCUGUUGUUGUGGAAGAGGAAAAAGAAGUAGUAGAAGAAAUUACGUUAAAGAAAAAACCAAAGAAGGAGCCAGUUCCUGAAGAAAUAACUGAAGAAGUUGUCUUGAAAAAACCAGAACCUAAAAAAGAAGAAAAGGCUCCUGAAGAGAUAACUGAAGAAGUGGCCAUAAAGAAAAAACCAAAGAAGAAGCCCGUAACUGAAGAAGCAGCGGAUGAAGUUACGAUCAAGAAGCCUGUUGUUGUGGAAGAGGAAAAAGAAGAAGUAGUAGAAGAAAUUACGUUAAAGAAAAAACCAAAGAAGGAGCCAGUUCCUGAAGAAAUAACUGAAGAAGUUGUCUUGAAAAAACCAGAACCUAAAAAAGAAGAAAAGGCUCCUGAAGAGAUAACUGAAGAAGUGGCCAUAAAGAAAAAAUCAAAGAAGAAGCCCGUAAUUGAAGAAGCAGCGGAUGAGGUUACGAUCAAGAAGCCUGUUGUUGUGGAAGAGGAAAAAGAAGAAGUAGUAGAAGAAAUUACGUUAAAGAAAAAACCAAAGAAGGAGCCAGUUCCUGAAGAAAUAACUGAAGAAGUUGUCUUGAAAAAACCAGAACCUAAAAAAGGAGAAAAGGCUCCUGAAGAGAUAACCGAAGAAAUGGCUAUAAAGAAGAAACCGAAAAAGAAAACUGUAACUGAAGCGGAUGAAGUUACGAUCAAGAAACCUAUUUUUGUAGAAAAAGAGAAAGAAGAUGAAACUAUAGAGGAGAUCACUUUGAAGAGGACACCAAAGAAAAAAUCCAAAGAAUAUAUUAGCAAGGAAGAAAUUGAAGAAAAUGUGGUAGUUAUAAAGAAAGCUGAAAAACCAAUAGAAAAGGAUGAAGUACAUACCGAUAUAACUUUAAAGAAAAAGAAAGAAAUUAAACCUACAGAAGAAGUUGAAGCAGAUGAAUUAACGAUCCAACAAAUAGAAGAAAUCGGAGUACCAGAGGAAGAAGAAUUGAUUGGAGAAUUCACUUUCAAACGUAAACCACCGAAACAAGCGCCUAAACCAAUUGAAGAAUUAUACGAAGAUGUUACAUUACGUAAAUUACGUCCAAAAAGAAAACCUAGAAGCGAUAUUAAAGAAGUUACUGAAAUAGAAAAUGUGACAUUCAGACCACGUCGAAUAAAAACUAAAGAAGAUGUUGAGCAAGAAUUUAAAAUCUCAUUGAACACAUAUGAAGAAGAAGAUAUUUCAAUGUCUGGUAAAGUUCGCUUAAAACCAAAAAAACGUCAAAUGACAUAUUCAGAAGAAACUGGAGAAGAAACAAUUCACCUUAUUCAAGAAGUUGAAGAUGACUCUGGUCCUAUUAUAGAAGAAAUCAUUGACGAAUCUGAUGAAGAAGAUAAAGAAGAGUAUAGUAUCGACGAACUUGAAACCGAUGAGUUCAAACUUCCUUUGAGAAGAAAAGUAAAGAAACAACCUCGUCCAUACUCUGUAGAAGAAUUCGAAGAAGCGGAUGUUAAAAUGAAAUUGAAACGUGAACGAAAAUAUUCUUAUGAGGAAACAGAUGAAACCUUGGCUUUAAAAUUAAAAGCUAAAAGACGACCAUCUACUUACGAAGAAGAAGAAGCAACACUUAGCAUCACCAGAGAAGAAGAUAUUUUCGAAGAAGAAGUGGAAUAUGUUGUUCGUGAUGGCGAUACGAUGUACUCAAUUUGUUCAUACGUAGCUGAAACAGAUGAAGCAAUUAAUCUUGUUGAGGGUGAAAAAGUAUAUAUAAUCGAUCAUACAAAUCAAGACUGGUGGUUUGUAAAGAAAAACUUAACAGAAGAAAAAGGAUGGGUGCCAGCACAAUAUCUAUUAGAUGAAAUACAUUAUACAUUGUAUUUACAACGUAAAUUACAUGAAAAAAUCGACAAAUUACCUGUAUUUGAAAAACCAGCACCAGGAGAAAAGGCAUUUGCUCCAAGAUUUAUUGAAAAGUUACAACCAAUUCAUACACCAGAUGGAUAUACAGUGCAAUUCGAAUGUCAAGUAGAAGGUGUGCCAAGACCUCAAAUAACUUGGUUCCGUCAAACAGCUAUCAUUAAACCAUCACCAGACUUCCAAAUUUAUUAUGACGAUGAUAAUGUAGCAACUUUGAUUAUCAGAGAAGUUUUCCCUGAAGAUGCAGGUACCUUUACUUGUGUUGCCAAGAACACUGCAGGAUUUGCAUCUAGUACAACAGAAUUAGUAGUAGAAGCUCCUUUAUCUGAUCACGGAUCUGAUUUAACUGGACCAUCCAGAAAAAGUUUGUCAAGAGAAUCUUCUCUGGUUGAUAUUCUCGAAGGAAUUCCACCAACUUUCUCUCGAAAACCUAAAGCAAAAUAUGUUGAUGAAGGUGAUGAUGUGAUACUUGAAAGUCGUCUCGUAGCCGUACCAGAACCUGAAAUCAUAUGGUAUUAUAAGGAUACACAACUUAUCAGCAAGGAAAAUAUUGUUAUUGCAAGUGAAAGUGAUAUGCACAUGUAUUGUAGUCUAGUAAAAAUUUCCAAAGUUCAGAAAAAACAGGAAGGAAAUUAUAAAAUUGUUGCUAAAAAUAGAGAGGGUGAAGCUACCAUUGAAAUACCUUUAAAAGUAAAAACUAGCAAUCAGGAACCACCAGAAAUAUUAGAACCAUUACAAUCAUAUGUUGUACGAGAAGGAGAAACUGUUAUGUUAUCUACUCAAAUUGUUGGUAAUCCAGCACCAAAAGUAACAUGGUAUAAAGAUAGGAAACCACUUAAAAAUCUAACACCACAGCAAGAUGGUCAUAUAAAUACAUUAACUAUAAUCCAGCCACAAUUAGAAGAUACGGGAGAAUAUUCUGUUAUAGCUACUAAUAAUCUUGGCAAAGCUGAAACUCAAUCAACAUUGCUAGUUGAAAUGACUCCACAUCUUAAGCCUUUCUUGCUUAUUAAUAUUGAACAGCAAAAAGAAGAGUUCUGCAUUUUAUCCUCUAAGGAAAUACCAAGUGGUGCUCCUGAGCCACCAUUAUUCACUGAAAGAUUCCAAGAACUUAUAGUACCUGAAAGGAGUACAUUCAAACUUGUUGCAAAAGUUACUGGAAAUCCUACUCCAGAAAUAACUUGGUUAAGAAAUAACGAACCAUUAGAAAAAUCACCAAACAUAACAAGAAGCUAUGAUGGUGAAAAUAUUGUUCUUGAGAUUAGAAAUGCUAAUUCGGAGACAGAUGCUGGUGAUUAUAAAUGUGUUGCUAGUAAUCCAGUUGGAAAGACUUCACAUGGAGCUAAAGUUACAGUGGACGUCGAUAAAGUCACAUUUACAAAGAAAUUAAAAGAAAAAAUCACUGUUGAUGAAUAUAAAAUGUUGGAACUUAUUUGUGAAACCUCUCAUACAGUAUCUACUACAUGGUGGCAUAAUGAAAAAGAAAUCAGUGGUAUGGAUCAUCGUGAAAUUAUUCAGGAAGGUCGAGUACAUAAGUUAGUCAUCAAAAAGACAAAUGCAAUAGAUGAAGGCACAUACAAGUGUACUGUCAAAAAUCAAACAACAUCUAGUACUGUCACUGUGAAACCUGCUAAGCCUGAAUUUAUAAGAAAGCUACAAGACUUCGAAGUUAAGGAACGUGAAAUAGCAAUUUUAGAAGUUGAAAUAACAUCUGAAACUGUAAAUGUUGAAUGGUAUAAAGAUGGAGUACUAUUGAAACCAAGCAAUGAAAAAUUAGAAUUUGUAAAAGAAGGCACCAUAAGAAAAUUACUUAUUAGAAGUGCAUCAGUUCAUGAUGAAGGAGAAUAUACAUGUACAUUGCCUGAUCAACAAUGUACAGCUGAAGUUACUGUUGUUGAAUUGCCACCAGAAAUUAUUACUAAGAUGCAAGAUGUGACAAUAGCUAGAGGAGAGAAAGCAAUUUUCGAUAUUGAGUUAACUAAAGGUGAUGCACUAGUGCGUUGGUUUAAGGAUAAUCAGGAAUUACAGUUCUCUGAACAUGUGCAACUUUCUAUCGAUGGCAAAAGGCAAAAAUUGAAGAUUUACGAUUCAGAACCUGAAGAUGCAGGUGUCUACACUUGCCAAGUUGGAAAACAAACGUCUUCGGCGAAAUUAACUGUUGAAGAACCUGGUGUAGAUUUUAUUGCCAAAUUACCAGAUGUUACAUUGGUAUCAGUAAAUGAAGAUGCUACCUUUUUAAUCGAAAUAUCUCAAUCAAAUAUUCCAGUCACAUGGUUAAGAAAAGGAGAAAUCAUUAAAAAAUCAGAAAAAUAUAUUAUUAUUGAUGAGGGUAAUAUAAAGAAACUCAUUGUGAAGAAAUGUACGACGGAAGAUAUUGCAGAAUAUACAGCUGUUGUAACGAAUGUAAAAACAUCAUCAAGAUUAAAAGUUGAAGUCAUAGAAACACCUCCGAAAAUUAACCCAGAUACUCAGACAAAAUACACAGUGAAUAAAGAUGAUGAUAUUGAAAUUAUAGUCAAAUUCACAGCAACACCAAUGCCAACAGAUGAAUGGACUGUUGAUGGUCGCAUUGUUACAAAAUCUAAGAGAAUCACUCCUUCAAUAGAUGAGGAAUCUGCUGUUUUAACUAUUACAAAAGUGCAGGAAGAAGAUAUUGGUGAUUACAACUUAAGACUCUUCAAUCCACAUGGUGAUGCUUCUAUAGUAAUAAAUAUUGCAAUUGCACAGCUACCUAGCAAGCCAGGUACUCCAGAACCUUUAGAAUUAACAAACGAAAGUAUUACACUGCAUUGGAAAAAGCCAGAAUCCGAUGGAAACUUGCCAAUCACAGAAUACAUAUUGGAAUACCAUGAGAAAAAUGAAACUUUAUGGACCAAAGUCACAGAAAAAAUCAUUGAAACAAGUCAUACAGUAACAAAAUUAACAACUAAUAAAGAAUACACUUUCCGUGUAACAGCUGUUAAUAAAAUAGGUCUUAGUGAGCCAUCUUUGGAAACACAAUAUCUAAAAAUUUCAAAGCCAUCAGAAAUAGAGCCACCAAUUAUAUUGGAGCCACUAAAAAGUAUGAAUGUAGGUUUGAAAGAAACCGUAACACUUUCUUGUCUCAUUAGAGGAUCGCCAGCACCAGAAAUUACAUGGUUCAAGAAUAAUCAACCAUUUGCUGAUACUAAUAUAACUUAUGAAAAUCGUGUAGCAAAAUAUAUAAUCUUCGAAACAACAGAGACAUCUUCAGCAACAUUCACUGUAAAAGCAGAAAAUGAAGCUGGCACAGCAGAAACCACAUGUCAAUUAAAGAUACAAGAGCCACCAAAAUUGAUUGUUGAUGAAACAUUGAUAAAUCAGAAAUUACCUGUUAAUUCUGAAUGGAAAAUUGAUGUUCAAACCAGAGGUUUCCCCACACCGAAUGUAACAUGGUCGAAGAAUAGUCAAAAGAUAAUCGAUAAGCGAGUAUCAACUCAUAUUGUAGAGAAAAUUUCAACCAUUUAUAUCAGUUCUAUUAUUAGAGAAGAUACUGGUACUUACACAGCAGAAGCAACUAACGAAGCUGGAAGUUCUUCUAUAGAUAUUCAGCUCAAGGUUAUAGAUAAACCAGGUAAACCUCAAGGACCAAUAAUAACAAAAGAGAUCAGGCGAGAUCGUAUCACAAUUGAAUGGAAAGCACCAAUUGAUGAUGGUGGUCUUGAAAUAGAAAAAUAUACUAUUGAGAAAUGUGAAACAGCUAAGAUGAAUUGGAUAAAAGUAGCUGAUGUUGAUAAAGACAUAGAAAGUUUCUGUGUACAAAAAUUACAAUUAGAAGUAGAAUAUAUAUUCAGAGUAAUUGCAAAGAAUAUUGUAGGCGCAUCAGAACCUUUAGAAUCUGAGCCAGUAAAAACAAGAAUGUCCUAUGAUCCACCUGGACCACCAAGAGGGCCUUUAGAGAUUUCUGGCAUGACCAAAACAUCUUUCACAAUAAAAUGGCAAGUUCCAGAAAAUGAUGGUGGUUCGCCAAUUAUAGAUUAUAUUGUUGAAAUAACAGAAUCAACAAAGAAAGCAUGGCAGAAGGUGGGCAACACAAAGGCUGAUAUGACAAACAUUAGUGUAUCAAAUCUAAAAACCGAUAUGUCAUAUGAUUUUAGAAUAACAGCAAAAAAUAAAAUUGGAAUGGGUGAACCAUACAUUUCAGAGGAACCAAUUAUAGCUGGAAAGCGAGCAAAAAUAACAAAGCUUACAGAUAGCAGUUUAUAUGCUUUACUAGGCAUAUUUCCACCAUCAAAAAUUGUUAUAAGUAAAACUCCACCAUCUAGUCCACUCAAUGUUCGAGUAAUAAACUUUACAAGUAAGAGUGUAACACUUACAUGGUUUCCGCCAGCUAAUAAUGGAGGAACUGAACUUACAGGCUACAUUAUCGAAAAACGACCAUUAAUUGGUAAAGGUGCACGAUGGAUAAAAGUCGUUACUUUGGAUGCUACAACUCACCAAUACUGCAUUGAAAAUUUAAAGGAAAGUGAAUUUUUGUUUAGAGUAUUUGCCGAGAAUAGUAUGGGUCUCAGUAUACCUACUAAUUCGGAGCCAGUUACUCUUAAAACUCAUGCUACUGUACCAUCAGCACCUACUGCCCCAUUAGAAAUCAGACAAAUAGCUGCAAAUACAGUGGUUAUAGAAUGGGGUAGACCAGAAUCUGACGGUGGUGCACCUUUAGAAGGAUAUAGAAUUGUUAUGCGGGAUGCUAAAAAGACUAUGUGGAUUGAGGUAGGACGAGUCAAGGCUGAUAUACAAAAGAUAAAUAUAAAAGACCUUCAAGAAAAUCAUGAGUAUCUUGUGAGAAUCUAUGUUAGAAACGAGGUUGGUCUAAGUGAACCAUUGGAAUCCGAUGAACCUUUCAAGAUACUACCAACUUCAGAAUUAUCAGUAGUAGAGCCAAUUGCAGAAGCCACAGACAAAGGUGAAACUGCAUCUGUGAGUUUCAGCACAGAAAAUACAAGUUCCUGGCUCCGAGAGCAUAAUAUGGAUGCUGAUAUUCAUUCUUAUGCGAGAGCAAGACUUCUUAGAAGAGAUGAAUACUUUUUCCGCAUUUGGCAUUAUGCUAAGAAACUAUUCGAAUAAGCAUUUCUAUAAUUUUAAAUGGUUAUCCUAUUAUCUCUAAAAAAAUUUAUCGCUUAUCAAAAACGCAUCUGAUGCUUAUUUUGUUAUCAAAUGCAAUAGAAAAAACUAAUAUCAAGGUUAAAAAUGAAAGGAUAUAUCUUUUUGAUUAUAAGAAUAAGUGAAGAAAGAGAUAAAAACGAAGAAGUAUCUACGGGCUUUCUCAAACUAACAACAAUGUCACUUACAAAUCUUCCAUAGAAGCGAAUAAUAUAAUAGGUUAACUUUCUUUUUUUUUGUUGUUUUGUGAAUUAAAACAGGAGACUGGACGAGUGUAGAAACUAGUCAGAAUAGAGGUUAUAUCAUUAUUCUCUAACGAAGUAAGGUUUUUCGAAAGCAAUUCAAUUAUCAGAUUAUUUGUAAAUAAUCUCUUCCGAAAAAUUGUCAGGUUGAACGAAAAUAUUCACAUUUACAAAUCUAGCAAACAAGGAGAAAACGUUUACCAAGAUGAGAAAAAGAGAAAGAACGAACUACUUUCUACGAUUUCCCACAAAAUAAUAUUUUAAAAGGAGCACGACAAUGCAAUUAGACGAUGACUCGGAAUUUUCUUCUAAAAAUGACUUCUCUUAUAAAAAGAUGUGAUAUGAAUGACAGAAUAGUCGAAGGGUUGAAAAUCAAACUAUCCUUUUUCCCUUUUUCCUUACCUUAUCCCCUCCUCCCUAUAUAUCUCCGCCCAAGAAUGUUGCAAACGGUAGGCAACGUUCAGUCACUUAUUUAAAGUUUUUGGGAGGAUUACUUUAAGUAUUUAUUAUUAAUCUGUAAUCCAUAUUUAUAAUAUUACUUGUUAUCAUUGCCGAUAGGUUUAAUUAAAUAAUUAUUGAUUAUCGUUGAUUAUCGAAUCAACAUUUUAAAGGACUGGUCGUAACAGUCGAAUUAAACGAGAUAAAUGUUAUGCCCCGUUGGUAUUAUCGCGAGACGUAAUAAAUAUAGGUGCAAAACAUCACUAAUAUACCGACGACGUGUCGCAUUACUCGUAAUUACAUUGUAAAAUAUUUUACGAAUUAAAUUAUGACAAAUUAUAAACAUA